UCCUAUACCAGGCUACUAGGCUGCAGCUCUCUUCUUCCAGGUAUCAUCCCAUUUGCCUCUUCAGUUCCUCUCCCAGAAAGGUACCUACACCUUGGUUGAGACUGUGAUCAGCUACUGCCUUUACAAAGGCACUUGUGACUCUGAGGCCUAGCUCCCUGUUUAACUUGUCCCAGGAUACAAAUACAAAGCAGCCAGCCAACAGGUCUGGAGAUUCUGCUGAGAUCGAUGAAUAAAUCAACCAGGACUAGCCUUUGACAACUUGUCCUUAAAAAUAGCAUUUAAAAUACAAAUAUACAGAACAAUAGAGAAUGAGCAAUUAUAAUUAAUACAUGAACCAUACAAUACAAGUAACAUUUUAACAAUAUAUACAAUAUACUCCUUAUUUGGUUGCACUCAUUUGCAUACCAGCAUUACGUAAAUGUACACAUUUCUAUUCAGUGAGUAGAAGGAGCUGCAGAGUUAUCAACUAACAAACAAUGCAUAGUCACAAGCUAGUUUUGUGGUGAUUCUUCACAAAGAGAUAUACAAAAGAGGCUAGGGGAGAAAGUGACACAGAGGAAAAGGAGAAAGAGAGCAGCUGGAAGAAAGAGAAACUCAGAUGGGCUAGGAAAGGGUAGAAAGAGAUAUACAGAAGGGCUGGGGGGGAAGAAACACACAGAGUGGUUGGGGGGAUGGAGACAUACACAAGGGCUGAGGGAAAGCGAUACACAGAAGCGCUGGGGGAAAGACACAGAGAGGGGCUGGGUGGGGAAAGAGACACAAAAGAGGGUGGGGCAGAACGAGACACACAGAAGAGAAAGCGGGGGAAAGAGACACUCAGAGAGGCUGGGGAAGAAAGAGACACGCAUAAGUGGUCAGGAAGAGGAAAAAGAGAAUCACAGAGGGCUGUGGGGGCAGAGAAAAGGUGCUGUGGGGAAAGACACAUGAGUUGGCCUGACACACAAAAGGGGCUGGGGGAGAAAGAGGCACACAGAUGAGAUGGGGUUAGGGAAAGGAGACACACAGAAGGGAGAAGGAGAAGGAGGAAAAGAGGCACAUAAAGGGGAUGGAGAAAGGGAGAGAGAGGCAAAGGGGUUGGGUGGGGGAGGGAGAAAAAGACACACACAGGGGCUCAGGAAGGGGAAAAAGAAACACAGAAGGACUGGGGCAUAGAAAAUGUGCUGGGGGAGAGACAGACAAUACAGCCUGGGUAGGACACACACAAAAGGAUCUGGGGGAGAAUGAUACACACAGAGGGUCUGGGAAAGGGGAAAAAGAGAAACAGAGGGGCUGUGGCAGAGAAAAUUUGUUGGGGGAGAGACACACAAAAUGGCCUGGGGAAGAGACAAAAAAGGGGGCUGGGGGAGAAUGAGACACACAGAAGGGAUGGGAAGGGAAAAAAAGAGAAACACAGAGGGACUGGGGGCAGAGAAAAUGUGCUGGGGGAGAGACACAUGAGUUGGCCUGACACACAAAAGGGGCUGGGGGAGAAAGAGGCACACAGAUGAGAUGGGGAUGAGGAAAAGGAGACACACAGAGGGGUUGGACAAGAGGAAAAAGAGGCACAUAAAGGCGAUGGGGAAAGAGAGAGAGAGGCAAAGGGGCUGUGGGAGAAAGAGACAAACAAAGUGAUGAAGGGAAAGGUUACACAGAGGGGCUGAGGGGAAAAAGAGACAUACACAAAGGGGGGUUGUAAGAAAACACGGGAAAAUUAGGGAUAAAAUAUACUAAAGGGAGGUGUAAGACACAAAAGGGGAUAAGAUCCACUAAAGGUGGUAAGACAUUUAAAAGAGAGGGUAAUCAACACUGAAGGGGGGUUAAGAGACACCCAGAUAAAUAUGCAUUUUGUUGGGGGAAGAAGAAGCACGGCAAAAUGCAUCUUUGCCUCUAUAGCCAAAAAUCCUUGCACAAGCCCAGACGGUACUCUAUGACAAUUACCUGGUAUGGACUUUGUAUCACAUUAAAUAAUAUGUAAUGCAUCUAAUUCUACACUAUACCGCACGUGAGAACCAGAGAAUAAUAAUAAAUAUAUACCUAAUAAUGAUAAUAACGCUAGAUAUUAUGUGAUGAGAUCUGCCUAGAAUCUUUUUACACAUAUUAAUACAGAGGGAAUGCCUUUAUAAGUUCCAUGUGCAAUCUUUGCUAAAUUUGGCACGUUUAAUAAUCAGAAGGGAUGCCCUUUUUUUCAGUUUCCCAGGCCGGGUGUGAAAUAUGUAUGAUGCACAGGGUGGUGUGCUGUAUAUUUAGAAUACGACAUCGUCAUUUCACCAUCCAUUGAGGACGGGUGUCAGGCAUAGGUCAUAAACUGUCCAGGCAACUUGCGUCACUAGUGAUGUGGGAGCAACUUAUGACUUAACUCCUGUAUUGCUGCUCUCAAUGGCGAGAUAAUGAAAGUCUGUAUGGAGUUAGGGGGGAGUGACAAUAUUACAGAAAAAGGAAGGAAGUAUGACAUAUGGUGAGAUCGGGAGAGAAAUACAGAAAAAAAGAAAGUUAGUUUAGAAAGAGAGGGGCAUCUGUGUAGACUGUGGAAACGUCACAGAGAGGGAAGAGAGGGAAAUAAGCAAGCAGGAAGCUACAGGCAGUAUGUGAAUGGAAUACAGGCAAGCAGGAAUAUAGAAACUGAAUUUGAGAUAGAGCAAUUAUUCUAACAGUGGUUAAAUUGUCAUGGAAACCAAUGGUUCCUGCCAGUUACUCUGUUUUUUUUUUUUUUUAAACCUUUCCCUAUCAAUCUGCUUUAUAAGUGGCUCCCACAAAAUAUCACACGUUAAGUUGGGGAAAAUAAUGUAAUGAAUUAUUGGUUUAUAAACAAAAUAUAUAACAAAUUAUUAUUUAAAAUAUAUAUAUAUUCUUAUUAUUUUAUUUUAUACUUGCAAGCAUAUUGUUGCAGGGCUGCAUGACAGCGGGAAAUAAAUAAUAUGUAUACUGAAGACAAACACAGUUAGGUAUACCUAAACAAGAUACGAUGAGGGUCUGGCUCAAAUGAGCUUAGUCUUUAGGAUGCGCAGUACUAUUACUCAAAAAGUAAAAAUGCAAAGUGUCCACAAGGAAGAUAAAUGCUGGGUGUACUAUCCCUAUCCAGGUGCAUUACUCAUAUAAGUUAUAUGACAUAUGCAGGAGCUGUGGAGUUAGAAAGGUCAGAGAAAUGUAUGUGACAUAGACAAUGGUUGUUGUGUCUGACAGUAAGAAGCAUCAGAGCAGACAGUGGUGGUGGGGGGGGGAGAGGUGGAGGGUGGGAGAGGGGAGUUGUAUCAGAUUCAAAAGGGGUGAAUUGCUGCUUCAAGUACUUUUUUAUUUUUCCGAAAGGUCUAGAACUUGGUGUGUGUAAGGUAUUCCAUAAAAAUGGGAAAGCACGUGAAGAGUGUUAUGAGCACAAGCUCAAGCUAGUGAUGAAAGAAUAGCAAGCUGUUUGGUUGAACAUGGUAAUUAGAGAGGUUGUUGUGUAGGUAUGAGUAGCACAUAUGGAAAGCAUUAUGAAAAUGAGACCCAUCAUUUUGAUUGAAUCAUAUUUCUAUGUGAUUGCUGGAAUCCAGAGUUAAUAUUGACAGAAGACGGUAUGAAAGUACAUGGCAACAAGCUUGUUGGGUAGGUCAAAGGUUUGUAGCAUUGACACAAAGGGGAUGAUUGACGAAGGAGCUACCUAAAAAUUAGAGGGGCUUUAGCCCUCAGUUACUUAAAUUCAAAGAAAGACAAUAGUAGCUAAAAUUAAAAAUAAUUUUAAAAAAAUUGUACAUUAAUAGCUCAUUUGAGCAGAACCUAACUUUUGUCUGUUAAUAUAACUUUUGUCUGGCAAUUACUUAUUGUUAAAUAUCCCCAUUGUAUCAUGACAGGUGUAUAGUCGCCAUUUUGGGCAGUCGGAAUCCAGGACAACCACCCCAUAACCCAACCCAAUAACGCACAUACUAGAGGAUAUGGGGAAAUAUGUCCACAGCUUUAUUUAGCAAACAAUAAUAAUAACAAUAAUAAUCAUAAUAAUAACUUAACAAGUAAACAUGGGUCAUUGCCCCCCAUACUCCGCCCUCGCAUCCUAUUCCUUCCAUUAACAUAUAAAGGGCAAUGACCCCCAUAUAAAUAAACAUAUAUAUAUAACAUACAUCAACAUUAUUCCAAUCGAUGUAAAGUGCCAACCAUCCAUUAACCACGGCAGGGGUAUACCCGGAUACCCCUACCCCACCAGGUUCUGAGCCACCGACAGGACUCGAAACCUAUCAACCACCAAUGACCACCACUUGUUUGUCUUCCAUUACGUUCAUCCUGGGGAGCCUAUUUCCUCUCCUUCAGCUCCCCGUCCCGCCGCUGUGAAAAAACGGGACAAAACCACACAUAACAAAACAGGGAGGGUGGGUGGGACAAACUUAACCAGGUAGGAAGUUAAAAUGAAUUAACUAAAAUGGCUGCCCAUUUAAAUAACCAAACCCACUUACCCAUAACUCCACUCCCUUGCUUACUUCCUCCUAGGCCCACCUCCUAACCCCUGUCAAGGCCUUUUUCCGCUUAGCUGCGCUUGGCUACCUGGGGCUACAUGACAGGUGUAUAGUCGCCAUUUUGGGCAGUCGGAAUCCAGGACAACCACCCCAUAACCCAACCCAAUAACGCACAUACUAGAGGAUAUGGGGAAAUAUGUCCACAGCUUUAUUUAGCAAACAAUAAUAAUAACAAUAAUAAUAAUAAUAAUAACUUAACAAGUAAACAUGGGUCAUUGCCCCCCAUACUCGGCCCUCGCAUCCUAUUCCUUCCAUUAACAUAUAAAGGGCAAUGACCCCCAUAUAAAUAAACAUAUAUAUAUAACAUACAUCAACAUUAUUCCAAUCGAUGUAAAGUGCCAACCAUCCAUUAACCACGGCAGGGGUAUACCCGGAUACCCCUACCCCACCAGGGUCUGAGCCACCGACAGGACUCGAAACCUAUCAACCACCAAUGACCACCACUUGUUUGUCUUCCAUUACGUUCAUCCUGGGGAGCCUAUUUCCUCUCCUUCAGCUUCCCGUCCCGCCAUAAGUUCAGACCUUGACCCCUUAAGCCGUCUGAGCUCCGCCACCCCGAAGAAACAGCGCCCGCUGCAUACCAACCUGCCAACCCAAGUUGAGCAGAUCCCAACCCACCUCCGAAAGGUGAACCCCGUCCGAGCGGUAGUACCCCGGCAACCCCUCCUCCAACUCGCUGUGCCGUACCACCACACCUCCCAUCUUCCUAACGAAGCUCACCAUUAAGCUGUUCACCUUUUUCCUGCAGUGAUCAAUCGCCACCGGAUCCCGCGCGUGCCGCCAUCGACGCCUUGGGACAAUCUCCGACCACACUAACAUAACCCCCGGAAGCAGGUCCCUCAAUUUGUUGAUGUCCUGCUUCAUCCACUCUACCAACCGACGUUGUGGCGUGAGGCCCAAGUCGUUACCCCCAGCAUGAAGGACCACCAUGUCCGGUGUCCUCCCGCCCACCACCAUCCUAAACAUUGCCCCACAAACCUUCCCCCAGCAAAAUCCCCUGUACCCAAACCAUCGGACUGUCAACUGGUCCUUCGGAAAGCCCAGCUGCUGGCCCUGCAUUCGAGCUGCGGCCCUCCUCUCGGCCCAGAAGACAAAAGAAUGUCCCACAAUCCAAGCAACCCGUCCUGGGGAGAAGAAGAAAACAAGCAUGAGGGAAAGGCAAAAGAGGACUCCUCCGUCCAUGUCCACCCCCGCACCAUAUCUAUACAUACACAUAUAUAAACAUAUACCUACCCAGACAUGUACCUUUUUUUUUUUUUUUUUUAUUCCAAUAAGCCCAACCGCACAUAUGAGCGGAACCGCACCGACUCCCAUCUCCCUAAGCGCUUCACGACCUCAUCUCCUAAUCCCAACCGUGCGGCCUCCGUGGCCGCCCCAAUGCGAAAGGAGUGAGUACCAAAACGUCCGGCCGGAAGCCCCAACUUACCUAGCCCGGCCCGAAAAACCUUUGUAAACUGAAACCGGGACAGGGAAGAACCAUCCGCAUGUACCAAGAAGGAACCCCCCACCGCCGGCCUCCGAGCCAUGUACUACUGCAGUUAUCACAAUAAUGUUGCGCCCCGGUAGAGCUCAUAGCGAACGCCUUUACCACGCUUAAUGACGCCCGGUUUUAGAAAUUCAAUUUGUGAUGCACAAACUACCUACUCUAAAACACGGUAACUCCUUGAGGCUUGCAGACCUCGGUACUCAACACUUACUGGUACUUCGCUACCAGUUUCACGCUGAACGCCAAAAUGCCAAGAGAAAAGCGCUUGAACAGAGAGACUUCAAACCUGCGGAAAUAAAUUUCGCAAAUCACCUACCAGAUCUCUACUCGUAUUAAUACAUACCGGGCUUAGAGUUACAGGUAAGGCCCUGCGUUUCUUUCGAGCAAUUCCUCUUCAGCGCUGCCGUAUUUAGGGAAGGUUUUAGUUGUAUCUUCUUCCGCUUCGGCGCUUACUGAACGUAGAACGCUUAUUGCCGCCAUGGACCUGUCGACCACUGCCGGGGACGCCCCCUUUGCCAGCAAUUGGCAGGUGUACCAUAGAAAAGCGUCCCGCAGCGCAUCCCCACGUAAGCCAUGCUCCAACCCGUCUAAUGAUCGUUCCCAAGAGUCCCAGACCUUACUGUAGGAGGCCCAUGUGGCCGGUGCCAGUGAAGCCUUCACAAGUCCCCCAAGCAGGACGCUCCCAGCUGCCAUAUCUCGUCCGGGCAAGCUUCCCCUUCCUUCAAUGCUCCUGGCGCCAUCGACCAAAAUCGGGACCACUGAAAACGAGACAGAGCGUCAGCCACCUCAUUCAGGUACCCAGGGACAUGACGCGCGCGAAACACAACAUUCCGUGACAUACACAUCAACACAAAGCGCCGCAGCAACCUAGCCACCGGCUUAGAGGCAGCCGAUUGAUUAUUCACCGCAUGCACCACCGCCAUGUUGUCCGAGAAAAAGACCACUUUCUGGUCCCGGAGCCCCUCGCCCCAUAGUGCCAUUGCAACGACCAACGGGAAUAAUUCCAGAAAAGCCAGGUUGCGCAUGACUGGGCUAGACCCCCAUGCCUCCGGCCACCGCUCCGUGCACCAUCUCCCGCCAAAGUAGGCCCCGAAGCCCACACUACCCGAAGCAUCCGUGAAGAGCUCCAACUCCGCCGCCGACUUACCCGCCCGCCUGAAAAACACCGUCCCGUUGAACUCCUGCAGGAAGGCAUCCCACACGCCCAAAUCAGCCCUCAUGGUUGCUGACACCCGUAUGAAAUGAUACGGGGAUCGAACUCCUGCCGUAGCAGCCGCCAGGCUGCGGCUGAAAACCCUCCCCAUAGGAAUUACACGGCAUGCAAAGUUCAGCAUCCCUAUUAGCGACUGCAGUUGCCGCAGCGUAACUUUGCGCGCAACGGUCACCGCAGCUACCGCCCCCUUGAGCCCCUCCAAUUUGUCCCGAGGCAGUCGGCAUUCACCCAAGAUAGAAUCUAUUUCUAACCCCAAGAAACUAAGGCACGUCGUCGGGCCCUCCGUCUUAUCCGCUGCCAGCGGCACCCCAAAGUGGCCCGCCACCCAUUCCGCGGUCCUAAGCAGUUGCUGGCAUGCCGAGGAGGCAGCCGGCCCCACGCAAAAGAAAUCGUCCAGGUAGUGCACCACCGAACGGUUCCCCGCCUCGACCCGCACCACCCAUUCGAGAAAAGUACUAAAUUUCUCGAAAUGGGAGCAUGAAAUCGAACAGCCCAUAGGGAGGCACAAGUCCACGAAAUAUUUUCCCUCGAAAAAACAUCCCAACAGGUGGUGGCAGUCCGGGUGGACUGGCAGCAGCCGAAAUGCCGCCUCAAUAUCCACUUUUGCCAUAAGUGCCCCAUGCCCGGCCCGUUUAACCAGCUCGACCGCCCGGUCGAAUGAUGCAUACGAGACCGAGCAUAGGUCCUUAUCAAUACCGUCAUUCACCGACUCCUCUUUUGGGUAGGAGAGGUGGUGAAUGAGCCGGAAUUUCCCCGGCUCCUUCUUUGGCACCACCCCAAGAGGGGAAACCCGUAGGUCCUCCAAUGGGGGCACCGCAAACGGGCCCGCCAUCCGCCCCAGCGCAACCUCCUUGUCUAGUUUCUCCCAUACCACCUCCGGGAAAUCAGCCACCGACUUCAGGUUGCGCAACCCCCCCGAACCCCCCCGCUCCCGGAAGGGAAUAAAGAAACCCCGCCCGAAGCCUUCCCUAAGUACCGAGGCAUCAGACCUGUUACCGUAGCGGCUUAGCCACGGCUCCAUCGCGUCUAGCCUCACCGGCGUGAAGCCCCGGGGCAGGGGAAGCAUUCCCUCCGGCCCCGGCAGCCGCUCCGGCUGUUCCCGCCUUCCCUUUUUUGAAACAGCGAUUGAGCCCAUGAGCACCCCCGCAACCGGAGCACUCAUGCUUAAAUUGACACGCGUUUCCCCAUUUGCACUGGCCCUCAUUGUAGAGCCAGCAGAAGCCCUUUUGCAAAGCGGCCGACGAGGCGGACUGCCCCUUCGCGCCGGCCGAGUUUGGAAAGGGCUGCGCCUUCUGGGCCAUCAUUAGCUUCAUCCUGAGGGGCAGAUCCAUCUGAUCCCACCUCAUCCCCGGGUUAGCCGCCAGUCGCUGCCUAAACUGUUCAUCGUAUCGCCACCAUGCCAGCCCCCCAUAGGUGCGAUAUGCUUCCCAAAUGCCGUCCAGGUAGCAGAACAGGGACGAGCAUAAUCCCGGCGAUUUUUCCCCAAGCACGCUGGCUAGCACGCAAAACGCCCGUAACCAGUUGCCAAAGGAUUUCGGAAUCUUGCGAUACCGCUUCCUCUUCUCCUCCUCCUCCUUCUUUUCAUCCUUUUUAUCCUCCUCCUUGAGGUCAAUAAAGUCCUCCAAGGGGAGCAGGGAGAAGAUCUCGCAGAACUCACCUUUCCAGAGCUUCUCUUUCACGUCCUGUUUCAGAUGAACCCCCAGGGGGCCCGCAAACGAGACGUAUGCGUGCUGCUCGCUGCAUCCGGAAUACCCCCGGCCAGUUCCGCCUUGUCACCCCCGGCCGCCAUCGCCUCGGGCGCCACCCCCACGUCCCCGCCUGAACUAAGCCCCACGGAAACCCCACUAGGACCAGGGACCUCCGUCCCCGGGGCCCAAACCCGACCAACGCCACCCCCCGUGUCACCCCCCGCCCCCAGCGAGUGGAGCAGUGCUUGCAGUGUGCUAACCAAGGAACUGGAGUGUAGUGACCCACAAGACUCACCGGCCAAGCCCCCUGCAACUGAUGCGGCAGGGGCUGCGUCGUCGACUGCCCGAUGUCCAGGGAGAGCGACUCCCGCCGAUACCUCGCCAACCGGGGAGCCAAACCGGUGCCUUGCCCGUGUCGAUAUGGAACAGCUCCGUGACCUGGAAAGAGGAGAAGAAGUCCUGGGUAGGGUGCACUGAGUAUUCGCAUCCCCCCCCGUCUCGACCCUGGGAGCGCCUGCCCAUUGCCAAAGCCUCCCGCUGUGCCCCCUGUACACGCCGCGCGCGGGAGCCCCUAGGGCUACGGCUCCUCCUGUUUUCCCCGGGCAUACGUCCCCGCCGACCACCCCUGGGGACGCUAGACCCGCUCUCUCCCGAGCUCCCUGACCUAGAGCGGCGCUGCCGGGACCUCCCCCUCCUCCCCCUCUCCCCCGUGGCUCUACUUCCCGAACCGGAGAGGGACUACCACUACAGGACCCUGAACCGGACCCCCCCCCCUACUACCCUGCACCCCCAAACGCUCACCCCUCCGGCUAGAGCCCGACCCCCCACCUGAACUGGCUCCCAGACUAAGGGGACCUAGACCCCCCCUCAACCAGACUGGCCCCCCCAACCCCUAAACCAGGCCUACCCGACCCUACCCGCACCGGCCUAGCCCCAGAGCCCAAGGAGGCCCCCUUUCCCCUACUGGGGGAGCCCAGCAGUCCCUCCUCACCCACAGCCCCCCCACCCCUGCCACUACUCCCCCCACCUAUGACCCCUAUGCCCUCCCCAUCCACCACCCGCGGUCCCUGGGAGGCCUUCCCACCCCCCACUUGGGCCCUCCGCCCUCCGCCCCCUGACAGGACCCCCCCAGCACUUUUCCCGCCAAGAGGGCCCCGGCCGGAGCCCCCUGCACUUGCCUUUGGGGCCGGGAACCGGCCACGUGUCCUCCCGGUCCCGGCCCCGUCGAUCUCCGCCUCCGACGGGGCGCGCGCCCUCCCGGGCCGCAGCUCCAUGCUGCCCGCUCCUCCAGGGGACCGCCCGGCCACGUCCGACCCGGCAGCCGCGACGGCCCCGUCCCGACCGUCCCCCCGGCGCCGGGCACUGGUCCUAGGCUCCGGCCGCUCGCGGGGAGGCGGGGCCUCUACCACGCGGCUGCCGGGCCUGCUGCCGCCCGCACCGGAGCCUCCCGGACCACCAGGGAUGUCUUCACCGGGUCCCACACCCGGGCUUAGCCGCUCCGGAGGCCUCCUGGCCCGAACAGGCCGUCGUCCGCCGCCGUCCUGGCCCUCCGCCGCCGCCAGGGCCGGGCCUAACUGGGCCUUCAGCCAGUCAGCCCCCUGGUGCCUCGCCGCCGACCGGAUCCGCUCCAGCAGUCGCUCCACUUCAUCCAUCGGCCCUGCAGGGAGACAAAAAGGAAAAAGCCCUACCAAGCCAAAUCUGUGCCCACAGGAGCGAACACAAACUUAACCAGGUAGGAAGUUAAAAUGAAUUAACUAAAAUGGCUGCCCAUUUAAAUAACCAAACCCACUUACCCAUAACUCCACUCCCUUGCUUACUUCCUCCUAGGCCCGCCUCCUAACCCCUGUCAAGGCCUUUUUCCGCUUAGCUGCGCUUGGCUACCUGGGGCUACAUUCUAAAGUGUUGUGAAAAAAUGUUGGCACUACACAAAUGCAAAUAGAAAUGAUUGCUCCUAAAACUGUUCUGAAUGACUCACCCAAUAAACUCAGUGAGAUAAAUGUAUUUAUAUAAUAAUAGUUGAAAAGGCACUCUCAGCACCACAAAAAUCAGAAUUCAAUGAAGAUAACAUCUUUAUAAAAUACUCACAUUGACUGUGUUGGAAUUUUAACACAGUCAAAAGAUACCACAAGACAAAACAGAGACUACUUUGUCUUAAUAUUUUUCUUACACUUGACAGAAGGUGUAGCCCACCUUUAUAAAGUUUUGUCGGUUCCCCCAACUGUAAUUAGUAAUGGCUGGAGGUAAAAAGGUUCUGUCUUUGCAGGCUCCAGGAGCUGAAGAGGAUAAACAGGAACAAUGGCCGCAGCUGCAAUAGAUAGAAACAUAGAAACAUAGAAUGUGACGGCAGAUAAGAACCAUUCGGCCCAUCUAGUCUGGCCAAUAUUUCAAAAUACUUUUAAUUAGUCCCUGGCCUUAUCUUAAGUCUAGGAUAGCCUUAUGACUAUCCCAUGCAUGCAUAAACUCCCUCACUGUGUUAUCCUCUACCACUUCAGCUGGAUUGCUAUUCCAUGCAUCCACUACCCUCUCAGUAAAGUAAUACUUCCUGAUAUUAUUUUUAAAGCUUUGCCCCUCUAAUUUAAGACUAUGUCCUCUUGCUGUGGUAGUUGUUCCUAUUUUAAAUAUAGUCUCCUCCUUUACUGUGUUGAUUCCCUUUAUGUAUUUAAAUGUUUCUAUCAUAUCCCCCUGCCUCGUCUUUCCUCCAAGCUAUACAUGUUAAGAUCCUUUAACCUUUCCUGGUAAAUGUUAUCCUGCAAUCCAUGAACCAGCUUAGUAGCCCUUUUCUGAACUCUUUCUAGAGUAUCAAUAUCCUUCUGAAGAUACGGUUCCCAGUACUGCAUACAAUACUAUAAGUGAGGUCUCACCAGUGUUCUGUACAAUGGCGUGAGCACUUCUCUAUUUCUUCUGCUAAUACCUCUCCAUAUACAACCAAGCAUUCUGCUAGCAUUUCCAGCUGCUCUAUUACAGUGUCUUCCUACUAGACAUGUGCAAUUUGUUUCGGUCCGAAUAUGAAUUCGGCAGAAUUUCAGGCAAUUCGGACAUUUGGGUACUUCCGAAUGUCUGAAUUGCCGAAGUGCCGAAUUGCCGAGGUCCCGAAGUUCCGAAAUUACCAAAUUACCGAAGUGUCGAAGUGCCGAAGUGCUGAAGUUCCGAAGUUGUCGAAGUUCCGAAGUGUCAAAGUUCCGAAGUGUGAAAGUGCCGAAGUUCCGAAGCACAGUAUUGCCUAAGUACUAAUAUACUUACCCAGUGAAAGGAGAAUGUAACAUUGUAUACAAUUUUAAAUAAAAAGUAUACAAACAUAGCCAGGAUUCAGCUGUAAGCAUUUGCAACACUUACAACAAUCAAGUAACAUACAUUCAUAUAAAAUGUAAGUUACUUAGCCAGUCAGUGUAAUGACAGGAAUGAAUAAGUAGAUAUCUCCCUAAUUCCCACGAUAUUAGAGAGCUAUCUACUAGAAGGCUGUAAGACCCAAAUUGGUCUUUCAGCCAAAUUUACUAAUACUAAGUAAAGAUUACUUAGUAUUAGUAAAUUAUGCCCCUACUCGCUAUACUGCGAGUAGGGGCAUGUCUAUUAACCCCUUAAGGACGAGUGACGGACGAGGUCCGUCACUCAGGGGAAACCCUUAACGAAGAGUGACGGACCUCGUCCGUCACGCGGUAAAAUUAACCCUGGAUCGCCGCUACUGCGGCGAUCGCGGGGUUAAUGGUGCUCCGGUAUGCCUCUGCAUUAGAGGCAUACCGGGAGCACCCGGUCAGGCUGCCCCAGCAUAUGUGGUCGCUCUGACCACAAGUCAGAGCGAGCACAUGUGCUCUGUAUACUCACCUACCGGCUCCCUGCACUUCCGGGUUCUGUGUGAAGUGCAGGGAGCCGGAUCAGUGCUGAUCCUGCCCCCUGCUGGAAAAAAAAAUAAAGUUUAUUUAAAGUCCCCCCCCCUUACCCAUUUUAAUAAAAAAUUAACCCCUUCCCUGCCAAUUGAUCACUGACUACAGUGAUCAAUUGGCAGGGAUUACAUUUUACUAUGAUCUGAUUUUUUUUUUUUAACCCCUGAGGGUUAAUUCAUUUUUUUUAACCCUCAGGGGUUAAAUUUAUUUAAUUAAUUAAUUAAAAUAUUUUAAAAUUAUAUAUUUAGCUAGCUGGGGUGGGUGGAAGUUAGUGGGGAAUUGGGGGAUUUGGCGUUAGGCUAACUAGGGGUUAACGUUAAAAAAAGUUUUAAAAUAACCUUUAAAAAGUAAAAAAUUAAGCUUAAAAAAUGUUUUAAUAACGUUUAAGUAAAAAAAAAACCCUUUACCUAGUCCAAAUAAAAAUUAACCCCUUCCCUGCCAGUCGAUCACUGCCUACAGCGAUCAAAUAGAGAUCACAGUAUUAUACUGUGAUCUAAUUUUUUUUAACCCCUGAGGAUUAACUUUUUAUUUAUUUUUUAACCCUCAGGGGUUCAAUUUAUUUAAUUAAUUAAUUAAAAUAUUUUAUAACUAUGUAUUUUGCUAGCUGGGGUGGGUGGGAGUUAUGGGAAAAUGGGGAAUUUACUGUUAGUGCUGCGUACUGCUAGUUAGGGGUUAACAGUAAAAAAAAUAGCUUAGAAAAAUGUUAAAUCUGUAAAAAAGUUUUAAGAAAGUUUAGGAAAGUUUAAAAAAAAUUUAUAAGCAAAACAAAAGUUUAAAAACUAGUUUUUAAAAGUAAAAAAGUUAUAAAAAGUAAAAAAAUACAUUUUAAAAACGCUCAUUACCACUACACCUGGAACAAACUAGAGAAAAAAUUAUCCCACGCCAAGGUUCAAAAUAUGCCUUUUGAAUUACCCCAGGGUGUAUUCUUUAAUAAAUAGUAUGUGUUUGUGGGGAAGUUUCAAUAACCAACCGUCUAAACUACUCCAAAUUGGAACAUGGACACAGCGUAAAACUUCAAAGUUAGAAAAAAACUGAAUGGCUGCGUCUCAAAUGCGCCCCUUCAGCAUCCACAUAUACCUGGCAAAGGUACAUACGGGGGUAUUGCUGUACUCAGCCGACAUAGCUGAGCAACAUAUGAAGUAUUAUACAGUCAUAGCACACAUAAGGUUUGCAAAAUAUGUUGAACAAACUCACUUUGUAUGUCAAAAAGGCAGAAAAAAUGCUUAUUACCACUACACUUGGUACAAGCUAGCGGAAAAAUUAUCCCACGCUAAGGUUCAAAAUAUGAAUUUUGAAAUACCCUGGGAUGUCUUCUUUAAGAAAUGGUAUGGCUUUAUGGGGAAUUUGGAUUAUAUAGCCUGGUAAAAUACUCUAAAAUGGGACAUAGGCACAGCAUAAAAAUUCAAAGUUUGAAAAAAACUGGAAUGGCUGUGUCCCAAAUGUGCCCCUCCGAUGUCCACACAUACCUGGCAAAGGUACAUACGGGGGUAUUGCUGUACUCAGCCGACAUAGCUGAGCAACAUAUGAAGUAUUAUACAGUCGUAGCACACAUAAGGUUUGCAAAAUAUACUGUGCAAACUCACUUGUAUGUCAAAAAGGCAGAAAUGGGAUGUCUUCUUUAAGAAAUGGUAUGGCUUUAUGGGGUAUUUGGAUUAUAUAGCCUGGUAAAAUACUCUAAAAUGGGACAUAGGCCCAGCGUCAAAAUUCAAAGUUUGGUAAAAACGGAUAUGGCUUGGUCUCCUAUAUGGCACUGUAGCUUCACGAAAUAGUGCCAAAGACAUUCAUUAGGGGUGUCUUUUUACUCAGAAGACUUAGCUGAGCAUAAUUUGGGAGGUUUGAACUUAGUGGCACAUAUGAAAUAUACAAAACGCCCAGCAAAAAUGCAAUCCGUAUGUAAAAAAUGCACAAAAUAAUUUUUUACCACAUACUUUGGCAUAUAUUGGUGAAAAAAUGGGGGUAUGUUAAGGCACAAUAUGCACCUUAUAAGAUACCCUGGAGUGUCUCCUUUUACAAAUGGUAGGCCUUUGUGGGGGUUUUUUGAACAGUCAAACUGUUAUAAUACCCCAAAUGGAAGCUAAGGCUCAUUAAAUCCAUCUCUCAAAAUUCUACUGUGAAUACUGUAAAGGACAGGUCUCCUAUAUGGCACUGUAGCUUCACGAAAUAGUGCCAAAGACAUUCAUAUGGGGUGUCAUUUUACUCAGAAGACUUAGCUGAGCAUAAUUUGGGGGUUUGAACUUAGUGGCACAUAUGAAAUAUACAAAACGCCCAGCAAAAAUGCAAUCCGUAUGUAAAAAAUGCACAAAAUUAUUUUUUACCACAUACUUUGGCAUAUAUUGGUGAAAAAAUGGGGGCAUGUUAAGGCACAAUAUGCACCUUAUGAGAUACCCUGGAGUGUCUACUUUUACAAAUGGUAGGCCUUUGUGGGGGUUUUUUGAACAGUCAAACUGUUAUAAUACCCCAAAUGGAAGCUAAGGCUCAUUAAAUCCAUCUCUCAAAAUUCUACUGUGAAUACUGAAAAGGACAGGUAUCCUGUGUGGCACUGUAACUUCACAAAAUAGUGCCAAAGACAUACAAUGGGGGUGUCAUUUUACUCAGCAGAUGUAACUGAACACAAAAUAAAACUUUGUACAGGAAUAGCACACACCAACUUUACAAAAUAUACACUAGAAUUUCUUUGUUAUAAGUUUGUGUGCCAGAAACCAAAAAAAACACAAUUUUACUCCAAUAUUUAGCAGAGAUUGGCGGUGAAAUGGCUACGUAGAAAGUGUCAAAACAACCUUAGGUAAAUAGCCCGUGAUGUCUACUUUAUAUAAAUAUAUACUUUUGUGUGGCAAUUUUGUUUUCUUUUAUGGCUAUUAAGCUUACAAGACAAACAUACCAAAUUCUAAAAUCGCUCCACAUUAAAAGUCUAUUUUACUCCUUGUGCUUUGUGACCUGUAACUACCAAAAAAAACUUAAAAUCCCAGACACAUUGUAUAUUCUGUAAAUCAGAACAACUAAAUUAAUUUAUUUUUAAUUACUUUUCUUAACCUGCACUAAUUAUGCACACAUUAUUAUUGCAAAAACUGUAAAAAAAACCACAAAAUUUUCAUUUAUUUUACAUUUUUCUGUAUUUUUUUAUAAUAAAUAAGCAUUUAUAUAUAUGUGUGUUACAUCAAAUUAAAGCCCUUUCUGUCCUUUAAAAAACGAUGUAUAAUAUGUGUUGGUGCAACAAAUAAGUAAAAUGCAAAUUGCAGUUGAACGCAAACAGCAAAAAAUGAAAAAAAUGCUGUUGUCAUUAAGUGAAAGACAAGCUUUUGAAGCUCUGUCCUUAAGGGGUUAAACAGUGAGCAGCCUUAAAAAAUAAAUAAAAAAUAAGGUCCUCCCCCCUGGCCCCCACCCCUGAGCGGUGGGUGGGGGCCCUACAGUAAAAUAAGGGGGGGGACCUAAUGUCUUCCCCCUGGCCUUGCCCCGCCCUGCAAUUAGGCUCAGAGCAUUCUGAUUGAUGGGUUUAAGCCAACCAGAGUGCUGUGACAGGUAAAUGUAGAGACUUAUCUGUCAGUCUCUUCAUUUACCUGUCACAACACUCUGAUUGGAUGGCUUAAACCCACUAAUGCUCUGAGACUAAUUGCAGGGUGGAACAAGACUUUAAAAGCCUUCCCCCGCCCUGCAGAGUUCAGUCUGCGUGGAGCCCUCGCCAGGUGAAGAUGGAUUUUUUUUUAUAAUUGCGUCGGUUAUUAUGGUUUUUUAUUUUUGGGGCUGAAAAAAGAAGAUUUUAGAAGAAAGAAAACAUUGAAUGGUAAGUUUUAUUUAUUUUUUUACAGGUACUUAAUUAAAGGUCCCCCCUCAUUAUUUUUAGGGUGAGGUGGGUAGGUAGGGGGAUAAUUUUUGGGGGGGCAAGGGGGGGGACUAGGGGUUUGGGGACUCCUAGUCACCUGGGGGGGCAUUUCUUUUAGGGCCCCCACCCGCCACUCAGGGGUGGGGGCUGGGGGGGAGGACAAUAGGUCCCCCCUUAUUAGUAUUUAGGGCCCCCACCCACCUCUCAAGGGUGGGGGCCAGGGGGGAGGACCUUAGGUCCACCCCCUUAUUAGUAUUUAGGGCCCCCACCCGCCGCUCAGGGGUGGGGGCCAGGGGGGAGGACAUUAGGUCCCCCACUUAUUAUAAUUUAGGGUCCCCACCCACUGCUCAGGGGUGUGGGCCAGGGGGGAGGACAUUUGGUCCCCCCCCUUAUUCCAAUUUAGGGCCCCCACCCGCAUCUCUGGGGUGGGGGCCAGGGGGGGAGGACAUUAGGUCCCCCCCCCAUCAUUUUACUUUAGAGCCCCCACCAGCCGCUCAGGGGUGGGGGCCAGGGGGGCAAUAGGUCCCCCCUUUAGUUUAAAAGCCCCCACUCGUGCGUCGCGGGUGGGGGCUCGGGAGGGGGGACCCAUAGCUAGUAUAGCGAGUAAGGGCAAAAUUUAUUAAUACUAAGUAAUUUUUACUUAGUAUUAGUAAAUUUGGCUGAAAGACCAAUUUAGGUCUUUCAACCUUUUAGUAGAUAACUACCUAAUACCGUGGGAAUUAGGGAGUUAUCUACAGAACCGAAAAUUUUCCCCAUGCACAUGCCUACUUCUUACCUCUAUCAUGAAACUUUCACUUGUAACUGUACUUUUAAAAGUUGUCAUAGUUCUUUUUUGAAACUUACAAGUGCUACAGUUUCCACAUCUAUGGAAACCAUUAGGUUUCUUUUUUAGAAAAGUUUCCUGUUUGUUUUCUAGCACUACCUUUGGCAGCAUACUAGGUGCUAGAAUUGUUUUUAGACUAUCGGUCUUUUUAUACACAAUUUUCGGCUUCUUAGGUAAUAUUUUAUAAAGGUAAGUGUCCUGCAAUAAAAUCGGCCAAUAUUUUCUAAGAACUUUAUCCAUUUUAUUUGCUUUAUUGUUAUACUUGGUGAUAAAUGCCAUAUCAAAAAAAUUCUUCUCAAAGUUGCUAGUUUUUGGUUUUACUUUUAAGAUAUCUUUUUUUUAAUUUUUUACUUCCUCUUGACUUCUUUCAAGUAAUUCUUUAGGAUAAUUUCUAUCCAAAAAUCUUUUAUUCAAAACUUGGACCUGACUAUCAAAAUCUUCCUGAUUUGUACAAUUCUUAUAUAACCUAGUUUGCUGACUCUUAGGAAUAUUCCGUAACCAUACGGGAUUAUGGCAGCUGGAAAAUUCAAUAAGGCUAUUACAAUCCGUGGGUUUAAAGAAAGUUUUACUACAAAUUAUAUUUCUCUCUAUAAAGAAAGUUAUCUUUUAUUUCAACUGUAUAUUAAAUUUUGGAUUUUUAACCACAAAUCCUUUCGUCAUUAGUAAUAAGAUUAGUUUGGCAUGAUCUCCCUGAAGAAAUCCCAUGUUGUCCCUGAUUUUGAAAUCCAUGUGAUUUUAGAUGUUCAACAAUCCUAUCCUUUAACAUAGUUUCCAUUCCUUUCCCCGCUACUGAAGUAAAGCUUACUGGCCUAUACUUGCCCGACUCCUACCUACUACCUUUCUUGUGAAUGGGUACACCAUUCAGGUUCAGUUAUGUAUAACUCACCUUCCCCUGCACCCAACAGGCACCAGACACACAGUGGAGCCAUCACCGUCAGGGAUCUUUGCAAAUUAUUCAAAAAUCCGAGAUGGUGACAGUUACUUUUAGGCUACUAGUGUUGGUGUUCUCAAAAUUACAACAAGAGAGAAAAUAUAAUAAGUCUAGAACUGAAAUUUUAAAUAAGCUAACGUAUAUACAAAGAUAACUUAAAAAUACCUUUUAGGUUCAUACAUAAUUAACCUGCUAAAAAAAAGUCUUAGAAUUCACUUCCAGACUAAGGGCAAAUCCAUGAGGACAAUUUUCAAAUUUUUUGUAAUUUUGAAAUCAACUCAUGUUGCCUCAACUAGUGUUAGGUAAAUAUACUUGAGUUAAUUAAGUGAGUCAGCUGGGAAAAUUUGCUCCAAGCAGUAGUCAGGCAUUAAUGAAACGACAAUAUAUACGAGGAUCAUCAGUAUAAAAGUGACAUUGAAUUCCAAUGGAAGAUUAAUCAUAACGUGAAAAUAAACAGGAUUUAGAACUCAACCAUGACAUGCCCAAACUGAAACAUAUAGCAGGGAGGAUGAGGUGCCAGAACAAUCAACAUUGAAAGUUAUGAGGUAGAAUUAAAAUGAGGACCAGGAAAACCCAGCGUCAUGGUUAACAAGGUCAUUGGGAGUAUGAAAGAAAAACAGGUUUUAGACUGUGUCGAAAGCAGCAGAAGCAUCAACAAUAAUUAACAAAGAUCACUGACAUUUGGAAAAAUGAAUAAUUAGUCACUUUGGUUAGGGCAUUUUCAGUGAAGUGCAGGGAGAAGAUGUUAUCUCAUAUAGGGAAAGACCCAACAGCAAUUAGAGGUUCACUGUGCAGGGAAAAUCUGUUGUCAUAGCAAGAGUUUUGUUUUAACCCCUUAAGGAUACAACUUCUGGAAUAAAAGGGAAUAAUGACGGAAUAUUUCCGUCAAGUGUCCUUAAGGGGUUAAAGAGGUAGAACUUCACUGCGCUAGUUCUGUAAUGCACCCUCAUCACUUGUUUGUUCCAACCAGUGUUACAGGGGAAAUAAAUGAAGUAAAACAGGAUAGGAAUGAGAGGCUAAGGUAAGAGGACAGAAGAAGUUCAAAUAUAUCUUGGUAGAAAUAAAAUAUUUAAUCAGAGCAAGCUGACAAAAAAAAAAAAAAGUUGGUUGUAAUUGUCUUCUUAGCAUAACAUACCAAUUAUAUAUGUGAGAGUACCAGAGGUAUAAACAUUCCCGAACUUUCCUUAUUUGUGGUACCUUUUUCAGGCUUGAUCUGCCUCUUUGUGCUGCCUUCUGUCUUGCCUGCCCACCUCUAUACUGGAAGGUCUACAGGGAAGAAUGGUGGAUAUUUUUUGUCUCCAUGUUUAGUUUCCCUUGUUUAUAUUGAACUUGGAUCAAAAACACAAAACCAACCCAGUUUUGUUCCCAAUCCAGUCCUGAAAGCACACUGAUGAUUGGUGCGUCUUAAGGACUUUGCUGGGAACCUAUGUGCUCACACUCUCCUAACUGUACGAUCCUGCCCCACUCUGUCCUCAAAGCUCAGACAUUACACGUGAUGUUGGCUUUCCAUAUAUGAGUCUUUGUGGAUCAAACUUGUGGGUCUUGUUCCUCUUUUUUAUGUUAAGGAGAAAAGAUGAAAGUUUAUGCAAACUUGCAUGUGGUUUGGUUCAAAAAUGUAUUAAACAUACAGAACAGAGUAUUGUUGUUAAUAAAAUUCUCAGACUGAACACAGGUGGUAAGAAUUGUAUCAUGGGGAAUCUCAUGGUUCUGUCCUGGUCAAUUUCUCUUCAAUUUGCCUUGUGAAGGCUAUUCAUUCCUCAGUACUGCAAGUUACACAAAGCUGAAGAGGAGGUAAAUUAUCUAUAGAAAGCUCUGAGAGUAUUGGAAAUCACCAAUAAUGAUUUAGAGUAAACAAAUAAUUUAAAAAAAUGCUCACUGUAAUAAAUAAACUAAUUUUUAUAACACGUAUCCUUAGUAAGAAAACUAAAAAUUCCCCUCAUAACAAGGUUAUGUUCUCAAUUUUUUUUUUGCAUUCUUUUGGAUCAAGAGUGGUAACAAGGUGUGUGUGUGUGUGUGUUUUUGUUUUGGUCUUUUUCAUGCUAGAGCACUGUCCUUUAUGUCUCCAGUGUAACCUGAUGCUUAUUCCAAGCUACAUUUCAGAUAAUUGGUAUGUUAUGCUGCUUGAUGCUCAUGAUCGUGUUUUACUUGUUACCUGCACCAGCCUACAUUCUGCCCUAAUUCCAGCUUUAUGCAUCAUCCCGGUUGCUGCAAUGAUGUACUAGACUAGACUUUGUAUUCUUGUCUUGUCUUUGACAGUUCUUACAUGCUUAUCUUGGACAUAUUUUUUGGACUUGUGUUAACUACCUUCGGUAGAUCUGACUGCAAUACCUGCUUCAAAGCCAGGAGCACAGAGGAGAACGCACUAGGUCAGGGUUUUCCAAACUCUGGCCUUCAAUAUGUUACUGAACUAAAACCCCCAUGAUUCUUUGAAUCGAACAGAUAGCAAGAGAAUAAGAAACAUAUGGAGGGUCAGAGUAUAGAGAAUCUUCUACUAGAUCAUUGUUAGGCAAUCAAUUUAUCAUGGGUUUAUAACCUUGCAUAGUGUAGCUUACCAUUAACUCUUUAACAAUAUCCAUGGCUCCAACCAACACAAACGUUAUAUUUUAUUAUUAAAGGGGUGACAAUAAGCAACAUUCACAUGUUCUCCUUUCACUUUUAUUAGACCAGUGAUCUUUGUCCCAUGAGAUGGGAUCCCAGAGACAAUGGGAUCCCAGAAUACAAUUACAACCAACCGUCUUAUUAAUUUAUUUAUUUUUCGUCAGCUUGCUCUGUUUAAAUAUUUUAUUUCUACCAAGAUAUAUUUGAACUUCUCCUGUCCUCUUACCUGAUCCUCUCAUUCCUAUCCUGUUUUACUUCAUUUAUUGAUUUUUUUUACAAACACAAAACUUAAUUUGAUUUACUUUGUGAAUUGUUGUAAUUUGUCAUAGACAUUUUCCUUGAGAUCCAAGUUGCAAAAUUCAGCUCAAAAUAACACAUUUGGAGAACAAUACACAAUUUGGCUCAAUUGGAAAUUCCACCUGUACUAGUUUGACUUAAAGGUGGCAAUACAAUUUCCAUGUCACUAGAAUACACUGUAUACAGGAUAAGUCAUAAUGUCUUUUUUUAAAAUGUGUAGUUUUAUUGAUUUUCAAUGAUAAAAGAGAAUGUGAAUACAGAAGUAAGAAGGGGGUAGGUUAAGCACAUAAGCAUUUGUGGACAUCAUACAUCAACAAUAGUUUCACUCAUCUGCUUACAUGUACACCUCACAGUUUGGAAUCCAUCUACCUGAACCCUUUAUGGAGACAGAACCCGAGUUGCCUGCUUAGUCAUACAAAGGAACAUUUGUAAUAACAAUCAUAGGUUGGCAUAAGAGCCCGAUAAGGAGUGUGUUAUCUUCUGUUACUAGCGUAAACAGUGAGUGCAAGAAAUAAUUGGUAUAAGGGCACUGUCUUCUACCAAGUAUCUGUACAACAUGCAUUGUUAAUGAACAGGGUACUUGUCCUAAGAAAUAUACAGGGAAAGCAGGAAAAACAGGGAAAACAAGGAUGGGCUAGAAGUUACAAAAAUAUACAAUGAUUGGGAUUGGAGGGUAUGUUAAACUAGAUGAUGUCUAUUGUUGCAAAGUAGCAUUGCCGGUGGUGCCUGCAGACAGUCAACUGUACUAACAUGGCAGUGAAAUUCUAGAAAAGCUCAGAUAUACCGGUGUCUAGAGUAUGACAAUGAGAACUGGCUGGGCAGGCAGGGAGGACCUAGGAUUAACAUGCUGCGCCAGUGUUGCUGCCAACGACACCCUGACCAUAUUUCCUCUCCCAUGCCAUCAUUAAACAUUUGUUUUUUCUUGCUAGAGGUGAGCGUCAUGUGUAAAAUUAAGAUAUCUUGUAAUUAGCUGGGACAAGAAGGGCAUUUUGUAGAUUUCCAAUGGGUUGCAAUGAAAUUACGUGCUGCUAAUAUCACAAGAGCAGUCAAUUGCUUCUGGCCAUAUGACAAGGAUUGUGAAAAUAACAGCAUUAGGCACGUGGACGCCGUCAAAGUAAAGGUGGGUACGUCCAAGUUGCCCAGGACACAGCGGACUAUUUGCCAGAAUGAUUAUCACCAAGAUACAAAAAUGACUUCAGGCUUAAUGGGUGUUACCACCCCUUAGGUCUUCUGUCUUUAAGAGUGCAGCGCUGAGUAUUGUGUGAGAGGACAGUGAGUUACCUGUGAUUCAAAGACAAUUAUCCUUUAUAUUCUCCAAUGUAAUGUACAUACAAAAGAAAACAGAAAUAUAUACAGAUAUUUGUGCAGUAUGUUAGGUACUGUAGUAAAAACUUGAGUGAGUAACAUAUAUAUCUACACUCACAUUUUUUAGAGCCUUUCAAGUGAAUUAGGCUCUAAACAUCCGUGCGUCUGUGUCUUUAAGGGUAGAUCACACGACCCCUCUCUCCACGGUAGAGUAUAUAUUUUCCUCUCCACAUUUGCCAGAAUGAUUGGAUGCUGCCACAAGACCACCAUGUAUGUAUAAAGGUGUUGCUGUUUGAAGCGCACCUCCAACACAAUGGAGAUAAGUUAGAGAACAUAUGUGCAAGUCAGUGGGGGGUCAAAUACCAACGAUAUAGGAGUUUCCUGUGCGCCUCUAUGUGAGAGAAGCAUUUUGUCCAUCAGAAUAGGUCAUAAAGGGCAUGUAGCCAGUCCGACUCUUUCAGGGCCAUGUCACAGUCCAAUUGAAGAUUAUGCUAGCUUCAGUGUACAGAUAAUCUUAAUUUUAAUAAUGACAGGAGGCGAGUAUUUUGCAUAAUCUUUCUUUACUAACUCCAUAGCAGCAAAGAAAAGAGUGACAUAACUGAGAACCAAUCACAAUGCAGUAUAGAGUAUAAGAGGUGUAACGUAUGACAUCAUUUCCUCUUUAAAGCAUGCGACAUCACAAGAUCACAAUGCAGAAACAAUAAAGAUAACGUAUAACAUGAAAAUAGAACAUAAACGUAUGAAGAAUUCUUGACAGGGACGAGUUCUUGGUGUCAAGUGACGAACUUCCAUGACAAGAUGAUGAUGAUAUCUUGAAGGAAGUCUGCAGUGUCCUGAUUCAUCUGGUUAAACUGAAACGAGAAUGUAAAAGGGUAUUAGAUUCCGGAGAUGGUUGUGUAAAACAACAAGAUGUCUAUCCCUUAUGAUUAAGUAACCAUCAUACUGCAAUAGAGCGAAUACAUUCCACCCAUCUAUUGAUGCUACCUAAGCCAUCCCACCCAUAUGAAAUAUCUGUAUUAAUCGUAAGAAGACAACUUAGGCAUUUAGCACAAAAACAUGUGAAUAAAGAGAUAGAAAUAUACAUGAAGACAGAGGUGGGGAAGAGCGAAAGAGAGCAGGGUGGGAAAAUACUCGCCUCCUGUCAUUAUUAAAAUUAAGAUUAUCUGUACACUGAAGCUAGCAUAAUCUUCAAUUUUAUCACAUGACAGGAGGCUUCGUAUUUUGCAAUUUCAACGCUGAGUAAGUAGAGCAAAAGCUGGGUUAGAUGGAGGACGGAAAUAGAACGUCCUAAAGGUGGAUUCUCUGGUCCAGUCCGCCGCUCGUAAAAUAUCUUGAAGGGAGGCCCCCGCUGCGUAGGCAGAGGAGGCCGCGGCCCCUCGGACUGAGUGUGCACCAAAAGCCUGGUCUAUCCCGGCGAGGGCUAAUAGCCAUCUAACCCAUCUGGCCAACGUAGUAACCGAGACUGGAGCGUAGGGGCGGACGUAAGAGAUGAGAAGUUGGCGAUUGGAAGUAGGCCGCAACGUCGCGGUGGCUUCCACAUAUCGACGAAGAGUAGAGACCACACAGAGUUGUGGGUCUGAGGGAAAAAAGGGGUAAAAAACAGAGGAAGAGUCAGAUUUCGUGCGUCUAGAGAUCUGGAAGGUUACUCCAGCUGGGCAGAAGGUAAAUGCGUCGGCAUCGAAAGCGCGUACAUCGGACACCCGACGAAAGGAGACUAGGCAGAGUAGGAAGGUGAACUUUGCCGUAAGCUGGCGGAGUGACAAGUUCUCAUUAGGGGGCCAGUCCCGUAAAAACUGUAAGACUAUGCCAACGUCCCAGAGUCUCGAGUAUUUGGGUUCCGGGGGGCGCCGAAGGCGCAUGCCACGGAGGAGUCUACAGAUGAGUGGGUUCUGGCCCACUGGUGUCCCUUGAAUCGGCGUAUGAGCCGCUGAGAUGGCUGAACGUAUCACGUUGAUGGACCGGUAUGACUUCCCGGUUGUGAACAGAGAGGUGAGGAAAUUCAUGAUGGAGGGAAUAGGUGCCGUAAAGGGAUUGAGAUCCCGUCCCAGACACCAAGUGGUCCAGCAGUGCCAUGCUGAUAAGUAGCACCUCCUUGUUCCUGGCGCCCAUGAGUCCCAUAGGAGCUCUCUAGUUUCCUGCGAUAAAUCCUCGGUUCGCCAGGAACCCCUGAAAGAGUCCAAGCCACCAGGGGCAGUCGGCCCUCCUGGACCAGCGGAUGGGGAAGUCCCAUCGGGUUCCUGAGAAUGGAUGGAGUAUCUGGUAAGAGGAGGGGAUCCUUGUUCGAUAGUUCCAGAAGAUCCGGGAACCAUGGUUGGCUUUGCCAUAGAGGUGUGAUGAGGGUCAGUAUCACCCUCUGCCUGCGGAUUCGGUGGAGAACCCUCGUAAUCAUCGAGAAUGGAGGGAAGGCGUAAGCCCCGUGUUGUGGCCAUUGUUGCAGAAACGCGUCGGUUGCUAGACUCUCCGGAUCUGGGAGCCAACUGAAGAAGUCCUUCGUCUGACGGUUGUUGCGGGAGGCGAAUAAGUCCAGGGAGAAGGGGCCCCUCUGUGUAUCUAGCAUCGUGAAAACGCGAGGGUCUAGUUGCCAGUCGCUGGCGUCCCUCCAGUGGCGUGAGUACCAAUCUGCUGUCGUGUUGGUCUCUCCUGGUAAGUGUUCCGCUAAUAGCGUGAUGUUGCGAGGCAGACAAUAAUCGAAGAUUUCCUUCGUGAGUUCUACUAAUGCUUGGGAGCGGGUGCCUCCGAGUCGGUUGAUGUAUCUUACCGCCGAGACGUUGUCCAUCCGGAGAAGGAUGCAGCAGUUGGAUCGUUCUUUUGCCAGACUGCGAAUGGCGAACGAUCCCGCCAGGAGCUCCAAACAGUUGAUGUGCAUCGAAAGUUCUUGGGGAGUCCACACUCCCCCCGUGGAGGAGGUGCCGUCUGUUGCUCCCCAACCUGAGCGGCUGGCGUCUGACUCCAAUAUGAAGUCUGGUUGAUUUCCGAAUAUCGCCCGGCCAUUCCAAGCCUGCAUGCAGUUCAGCCACCAGUGCAGUUCCUCCCGAACUUCGUCCGACAUGGGGACCGGUUGGUCGUAUGUUGGGUCUUUGCGAAGGAACUUUGUCUUGAGGCGUUGCAUGGCUCUGUAAUGCAGGGGUCCAGGAAAGAUGGCCUGGAUGGAUGACGAGAGCAGGCCCACUAUUCGUGCUAGUAGACGUAAAGGUAUGGAUGUCAGUCGAAGUACCUUCCGAAUUUCUCUGCGGAUGGUGGCAAUUUUUGCGGCCGGGAGGCGUAGCGUGCACGAUAUUGAGUCUAUCUCGAACCCAAGGAAUUCGAUCGACUGAGCAGGAGUCAGAGAUGACUUGGGGCCGUUGAUAACGAAACCCAGUGAGUCGAGGAGGUGUACAGCGUAGUCUGUAUGUCUCUUUAGGGUCCUUGCAUCCUCGUCGAAUAUCAAGAUGUCGUCGAGGUAGACGAUGCAUCUUAUGCCGUGGGCCCUUAGUCUCGCCAUUACCGGCUUCAUCAUUUUGGUGAAACACCAUGGGGCCGAACUGAGGCCGAACGGGAGACAGGUGAAUUGCCAAGGUGUCCCGUGCCAGUAGAAGCGGAGGUAUGAGCGGCUCCUUUCGUGCACCGGUAUGGUAAGGUAUGCGUCCUUUAGGUCUAGACGCGUGAACCAAUCGUUGUCUCGCAGUAGGUCCCGGAGAAGAUGGAUACCCUCCAUUUUGAAGUGGCGGUACACCACAAAGGAAUUGAGCUCCUUGAGGUUGAUGACGGGACGGAAUUCCCCAGUUUUCUUCCUGACUAGGAAGAUAUUGCUGUAGAACCCGGUUGAGUCCGGAGCUGGUUGGAUGGCACCCUUGGCGUGUAAGUCCUGAAGUUCCAUGUCUAUCAAAGAAGCGUCUGCCCGUGAAAACUGAAUCGGGCGAGGUGGUGCCUGUUGGAGUGGCCUCGUCUCGAAUUCUAUUUGAUAGCCCCGCACCGUCCGAAGUAUCCAUGUGUCGGAGGAGAGGUCUGCCCAAUUCUGGAAAAAAAGAGAAACACGACCUGCGAUAUGGCAAGGGGUUAGAGGCAGUAUAGAAUGGUAACUUACCGUUGGAGAAUCUCGCUCGGGAGCGUCCUCGGCCGCCACGGCCACGUUCCGAUCCCCUGAACUGAUGGAAUCGAUGGCGUGCAGAUGGAUCUGUGUAGAAUGGUUGCGACCUAGUUGUGCGGGGGCCGGAUGGCCAGAAGCGGCUGGUGGCACGGCCCCUCUGCCGACCAGCCCUCCCAAAAACACCACGGGUGUUGUGGCCGCGGAACACUUUCCGCAUUGAUGUUUGUGCCUUAUUGAGGGAAGUGAAUAUGUUGACUCUCUUAUUAAGCUCAGUAAGGAAGGCCUCGCCAAACAGUUUGCCCUGUGCCAAAGGGCCUAAUUCUUUAUCCCCCAGUUCGACAAGCUUGUCAUCGAUUCUGAAAAGUGCUGCUCGGCGCCUCUCCGAAGAGAGGGCCACAUUAGUGUUCCCGAGGAAACAGAAGCACCUUUGUGCCCACUCUCGGGUAUCUCGUGCCCACUCACGCACCAUAUCUGGGGAGAAGUCAUCAGCCCUUUCAUAGGCAUCAUCUGCCAUAUCCAUGAUCCUCGCCAAAGGCCCGAUGGCAUCUAAUAGUUUGUCCUGAGCUCCCUUGAAACCACGUUCCACACCCUUGCGUGGGUCCCGACCCCCGCGGGACAUGAAUGUGGUCAUAAGCGGGUCGAAUUCGGGGGUGUGUGCUACCUUAUCUGGUAGGCUCGGGCGAGGACAUUCAGAUCUCAUACGCUUUCUCACUUCUUUGUCCAGAGACUUCCGGAGCCAGAAGUGCAUGAAUCUGGUCAAGUGUUCGGGUGGUGUCCAUUCUUCCGAACGGGGAUGGCGAAUGUUCCUAGGAUCGAACAUUCGGAGGCCAGAAUUGUCCAAAAAUAUUUCUGAACCCUCUUGUGGGAUGUCUAGGGAUGUGGUCCCGGAGUCCUGGGGCUCACCCAGGGUCUGUUCCCCUAUAAAGUAAGGGUCCGAUUUGGCAGCGGAGUAGUCGGAUUCCUCUUGGUCGGAGGCUGCCGCCUGCCAUUCGUCAACCACGGCUAACGCGUGUGAGGGACCUGCGUCCUCUUCCCCAGAGGAAACCUGAGCGGGUUUUUGUGAUGAUUUGCUUGUGUCUCGUCUGCGUUUAGCAGGGGCCUUUCCUUUGGAUUUACGUGGUCCCAUAGCCUCGCCUUUCCAAUGGCGCUUAGGGGGGUGGGAGCGUUCCCUGGAGGAAUCGGAGUCUUCCGAAUCCGCCCCAUAAUGAGCCCGUUUGGGAAUGGGCUUAGAUGCGUCUUGUUCCAAUUGGAACGACUUAGCCAAAGCUUUUUCCAUGGAUGCAGCAACCGCUGCUGCAAUCAUGGCCUGGAGAUCUGAGGGAUUUUGGGAUUCUUCCAUGUUGUUAAUCACACUCGGGGCUCACCCGGUGAAUAUGCGUGAGGGCACUUGUGGUACUUGUGGCACAAAAUGGGGAGGCCUGGGGACCAGGGGGUGGUGUAGAAUAGGUAGUGGUUAACCUGAAAGCGCUAUGCGACUGGUAGGUCAAGCGAGGGCUGUCGCUGGGGCUCACCCAGGAAUUUGGAAUCCUGCAUAAACAGGUCCUUUCAGCAGCACAUGAAAGGGGGCUCACCCCUGCCAGAAUAAGGGUAUUCCCACUGGCUGAAACCGACCCCAAGUGCAAAGCACUAACCUGAUACUGGUCCCACAGUGAGCUGAUAAGGCUGCAGAGUUCAAAGAGUAUUCCAGAGUAUUUGUGCAGUAAUAAUAGGCUGGAGUAGUAAGCAGGAUAGUAGUAGCCGUUUAAAAUGGCCGCCGGACUGAAAGCAGAAGGAAAUGGGAGGUUUUAGUACCUCCCCUAGAUGUUUUGAGCGGCAAAAAAUUACCCGAACGGCGGGCGUUCGCGCUUACGAAUCAGCCGAACGGAAGCGUUCGGCUAAUACGCACGAAUGCAAGCGCCUAAUAAGAGACGUUCGCGGGAAUUUGCCGAACGCUAGGCGUUCGCAAAGGGAACAAGUCUAUGCGAACAGAAGUGCCGUUCGCGAAAAAACGUGCGAAUGACGAUAAGGCGGGAAAGAAACCCGCGAAUUUAACUGACACUAGGAAGUAUAGGUGAAAACGGCGAAAAUGCCGUUAAGACUCCCUGAAAGGGGGUAAGCCAAAUAAAAGCAGUGGAAAAGGUCCCAGAGCUAGAGGGGUGGGGGGAAGCCCCCAAAGGUAACAAUACAGAAGCACUAAAAUAACAUAAUGAAUAAAUGUAAUAGAAAUAGAAAAAUUAGACAGUAGUUCUUAAAUAUAGAUGACAAAUAGUGUAAGGACAGAGAGGAAAACCAAGUCUGUACUUAUCUUGUGAUGGAGCAGCAAAGAAAGAGGAAAUUAUGUCAUACGUUACACCUCUUAUACUCUAUACUGCAUUGUGAUUGGUUCUCAGUUAUGUCACUCUUUUCUUUGCUGCUAUGGAGUUAGUAAAGAAAGAUUAUGCAAAAUACGAAGCCUCCUGUCAUGUGAUAAAAUUCCCACUGCAUUCGGCAUUGUUGGAGCUUGGACGGCGAGAGCUCCUGCCAGGAUCUAUAGCAAAGCAUAAAGGGCUUUCGGUUUAGUAGGCGAAGACCAACAUCUCUCUAUAAGUAUCCAGGGGGUAACAUAACUGGGAUGUGGUGUAGGGUGUAGUGACGCAGCGUGGGUAUUUAAAAUGCUUUUUAAAUGCAAGUAAGAGAAAACUGCAUGGUUUGGUAUCCGCCAUUACGUCUAUAGCACUGGGAAUGGUUUAACUGCACGAUCUCCUAUGAGUUGGAAAAUUCGUGUCACCCCUGCUGUAAGCCAGUACUUGAGAGGUAUAUCGCCCUUAAAGCUUAUAGGGGGGAUUUGGCGUGGAAUAUGGUUUUGCAAUCCAUGGCCAAGAGAAAAUCAUCCCAGAGCGUCAAAGUUAUCUGAGUAGUUGGGAACAAAUCGGGUCUUUGCUUCCUAAGAUGUUUUGGUGACCACAUAUAGUCUAUAAGUGGCUGUAAAUUGCACCUUCUCCAUAUCCACCCAUUGAAUCACAUCGGUCAGUGUGUGCAUAGUAAUGCCGGCUGAUAAUAUUGCGGCUUUAUAAUACAACCAAAUAAUCAGCAGUCUCACACCCCCAAGCCGCAUUGCCUCCUGUAAGAGGGAUGUGGACACCCGGGGUCUUUUCCCUUCCCAGAUAAAAGCACUACACAGCUUUUGCAAGAAUUUACAAUAUUGUAAUGUGAGUCCAAUGGGUAACAUCCUAAAGAUAUACAGAAUGUGGGGAAGGAUCAUCAUCUUACAGUCGUUAACCCUUCCAAGCCAAGAGAGUGUUAGAUGUCUCCAUUUAUUAGUUUCAUUUUUGCAUAAUGCUAGUAGAGGGAUAUAGUUUUUUUAAGGUAAGUUGAUCUCCAAUCCAAGGAAUAAUUAGAGCAUAGGAAGUUAGUCAGGUCCAGGGGUAGAUUAAUGGGAAGGGCUUGGGUUUUGUCCUGAUUCAAACAGUAGUGGGAGAUGUUCCCAAACUGUUGCAGGAGAUCUAGUAAAGGUGGAAGAGAACCCUGAGGAUCAUUAAUAACUUGUCAGUGAAUAGUGCUAAACUGUAUUCCUUACCAUGUAUGGGGAUGCCUUUGAUGAGAGGAUGGGUGUGGAUUUUACAUACCAAGGGCUCAAUGGACAAUAUGUAUAAGAUGGGUGACAGAGGGCAAUCCUGGCGCUUGCCAUUUGUGAUAGAGAAGGGUGUUGAUAGGAACCCUCCAUGAGAGACUUUAGCUGCUGGAGCGCUGUAUAAGGCCAUAGUGCCUCGGAUUGCAUAAUGUAUUUUCUACAUUUUCGCUAGUCUAUUUUAGCAUCUGUUAAAUUUCAUGGAAUACAUAAGUAUUAAUGUCUCCAGUAUUUCAGGAUUCCAGGAUUCGCAUAUUAUUUUAAUGAUACCACAUGUUUGGAUUGAACUUAUUAAACAGAUAAAGCAAAAAAUAUGAAACAGAUCAAAAUACAAAGUCAGUGAUUUUUUAGAAUAAUAAUUUUAAGUAUUAAGGAUAUCAUGUAUUUUGCUUCAUAUUCAUUGUCAAAUGCAAAAUAAUAUCGGGUAAUACUGAAACUUCUCUUUCCCAGCAGAUUGCUCAGCACCAGACUCCACGCCCCUAUUGAAUGCAAGUUUAAAACAGCAAAACAUUUCAUGAUCAGUUUACAAUUUUCCAUGGAAAAAUGUUGGAUAAAAUGAAACCAUGAUCUAAUAACAAUUCAAUUUCUUAUAUGUCGCAUUUCUCCCAGUAGAUACUCAAAACUCUUUUCCAAGACAAUAUCGAAUUCAACCAGAUAUCAACUGACUAUUAGACAUCAUACUCUAAACACAGAUGAGCAGUCUUGGCUCAUCAUCUGCUGAUCUACUAUUCCAAUAAUCCCAAUGCUCAAGGGAGAUCGGUGUCAGAGGAACCUUGUGGAAAAAUUAUUGUAUUUAUUUGCAGAAACGUUCCUUGUUGAGUAAAACUUACUGACUACAGAAGUAUUGGGAAAUAAUAAAAUAAAGACAUAUAAGGAAGGCUAACUAGAAUAUGUGAGAUAAGUAAAAUAAAGAUCUUUUGGAAAGGGUACGGGACAAAUAACUGAACACACACACAGGUUUAGACACAAGUUUGAGAAAGAAAAACUUAUGAGGUUUGUUCACUAACUACUAAACUGUAGAAUUUUAGAAUUUAGAAUUUAUUAGAAUUUACACUAACAUAGCAAAGAUGUGAAUAUAGAUGAUUUGGAGAAUUUUGUCAGAUCAGCUAUUUCACCCUCAUUUUGGGAAACAAAAUGUGCUUUAUUUUAAAUCUUUUGUUGUGAGAAUAUUUUAACAAUCUCAGGGGAAAAAAAUGCCAGACAGGAAAAGUAAAGAAACGUAACAAAAAAAAAAUAUUUGUUAUUAAAUAAUAAUUAAUUGUUUGAGGGGCUAGUCACCCUGGUCUAGGAGAACUGUAGAAAUCAGAAUGUAUGUGUUAUGGGACAAAGCGACAUGAAGUGGAUAUUCAACUUUGGGACUUUACAACCCAGGGUUUGAAUAUAGACUUCGAAUUGCGCCAUUUCAUUUAAAUUCUUGUUUUAAUAAUUUAAUAUAUUAAUACUGUUUUUUAAUUCAAUUUAAAUCCUAUUCUUCCUUCAUAUUUAACCAUGAAUAUUCUUUUAGCUUUUUAACAUCUGUUUUACAGUACUUUACAUGCUUUAACAUAUAUAGUACCAAUUAUUUUUCUAAUUAUAUUAUGUGUAAAUACAUGAAUAUGUUUUUCAUUUUAAAUGUUCUUAUUAAUAUAUGUUUUUAUUGGUAAAUUUUCAUAAUAGAUAUAUAUUAUGUUGAAUGUAUCCUAUAUAUGAUAUACUCAGGUUUCUAGUAAUUUAUUUUUACCUUUCAUUAAUUUAUACUUGUUCCCUCCCUUCUUCUUUUUUCCCCCCAUACUAUAUUCAUUCUGCCCUUCCUCUUUCCCUAUCUUAAUAUGGCGCCCACACUAGUUCCUGAGCCUUACUGUGGUGGGAGGGGAGAUAUUGUAUCUACUUUGCGUUUCCGGGAGGUGGGGCAAUGCACCACAUGUGUGGUAACAUCAUUCUGACCUUGCUCCUACACCAUGGUGGCCUGACCCCUCCUCCCCUACGUAAGAAGGCAUCCGCACGCCGAGUAGGGGAGCAGGGGAGUAUCCGCCGCUGGGUGUGUGGGUACGGAUGGCGAUCACGGCCAUUCGCAACAUUAUUUGUGACAACCACGGAAGGCGGAGGGCAUUCUUCCGCCAACCAACACAGACCAUCAAUUCAAUUUUGCUUUAAAAAGGGUGCCAAUUUUGGGAAUUAUUCACAAUAGAUCACCACAGCUGAAUGUAAUAGAUGAUAGGUCAGAGUGACUGGAAGCCACUAUGAUUGGACAAGUGUCUGCACGUGUAACUCGAGGAGAGAAUCUAAUAGAGACUUAAAUAUGGAAGAUUCAAAGGACCAUAACUACAGCUGACUGAAGAAACUCUACAAGAGUGAAAGGCGUUUUGGCUAUAUUCAGGACUUUUACUAUUUUAUUUUAUACUGUAUUACUUAUGUUUACACUAUAUGCUUUACAUUUAAUUCUACAAUAAAUUUGUAUUAAUAUUUUAAAGUCUAUUGUAACCUCCCGAAUCUUCAUUGGGAUUAGUGCUGUCCCCAACAAUUUGGCACAACACUAUCCUACCUCAGAACCAGGACUUUAAGGCUCUGACAAAGGUGAGCAAUGUGGCAGAUCGCCAGUAUAUCGCCACCACGGAUUCCCUUUCCCAAAAUAACAUAGCGUUAACAUUCACCAAGAUAAAUAUCACUGGUAUCGCCUUUUCCCCCACACAUUAGUCAAGACCGAAUGCUGGGAGUAGAUCUGUUUAAUGCAGGCAAGCACUCACAAUUUAUACAUACAGUAAACUCCUCCCCUGUGCCUGAGAGAUAAUUGAGUCAGGAAACGUUCAACUCAAUUAACUCCCAGGUACAGAAAAAUAUAACAAUUUUUAAACACCCCAAAAGUACCACCAAAAUCCAUGGAAACCCCUUGGGAGUCACAUCCCUGGAUAGCCCUGAUCUGAGUGCUUAACAUUUCCAAAAAGCACUCAGAUCGGUUCAGUGGUUUGGAAUUUCUAUCGAGGUACGGUUUAGACCGGCCACUAGGUAGAAGCCCAAAAAUGUUCCAGAGAAAUUGUGGCCAUGGCCAGUCUCAGUUUGAGGGUUUUUGUACGAAAACCAUACACAAUAUGCGAAUGCUUUUAAGUGUCGAAUGCUCCCCCCCAUUCGGCAGUUUAUAUCUUCCGAACCCCGUUCAUAUAGGUGGUCAGGAACUUGAACGGGCAACAGUUCCAUAUUUACUGCUGUUCGCAGGAGUGCCUAGCUGAAAUAAGUUCCAGUCACUCGACGACCAGGUACCACUGCCUGCAUUCACAAGACAACCCAGGGAAGCCUUUUAGUAAUGGUUUCCAUUGUGGUUUCACACUGGAUACUUUGUAUUCCAUGUUCUAAUUAGGUGUUGGGGUGGUCUUCGUUCAGGAACUGAACCGGUGGCAUUUCGUGGGGCAUUCCUUCACAAGCACUAUACCUAUUCAAUUUUUAAACAGUUUUUUAUUGACUGUCUACACAUUGGUUGCCUUUCUUCCUUUUAUUUUCUCAGAGUGAACUUUAACCCCAAUAAGGACCAAACUUCUGGAAUAAAAGGGGAUCUUGACAUGUCACACAUGUCAUGUGUCCUUAAGGGGUUAAAGUGGACAAGAGGUGUGAUUUUCCCCAUAAAGCAUAAAAGCCAAGUUACGGAUAUAUAUAUAUAUAUAUAUAUAUAUAUAUAUAUAUAUAUAUAUACACACUUUUUAAAGUGAGUGAUCCUAUUUUUCAAGAAUUUACUAUGUUCAAUUUGAAAUACCAUCUGCACUAUAUUGUGUUUAUUUUUACUUUAAUAUGUACCACAAGUCUAAGAUUUUAACAAGAUAACGUGGGGUAAUUUCCCCUAUACACAGAUAUACUUUAUAUUAAGUGCUCCACUUAAGGUGUAGGUUUUACAUCACUUUACAGAUUUUGUAUUUUGGGUGUGGACAAGAAAAGAUGGUAUUCAUAUAAGUGUAUAGAGCUGCUGUUUAAUAUAUUCACUUCAGCUCUUUUUGUAUACACUCCCCUCCCAAAAGGAGGUGUACUUUGUUUGAAUUAAACAGAACAGGUGGGUUUCUCCAAAUGGUUGUGAAUUGAAAUUCAAAUCUAGGUAAAAAUAACUGAUGUGGAAAAAUUGUUGCUAAACUUUUGCCAUUUGAAUUGCCUGUGGGCUUCAAUCCACUACUUUAAAAAGCACUACUUGUCUCUACUGAGUUAAAAGUGUGUAGGAAUGCUUUUUAAAUGCAUGUUUUUAUUAUAUAACUUCCAACUUUUAAAGAAGAGAAAAAAAUGCAUUAAAUUUAUUUUUCUUCUACAAUUAUAACUCAUACAGAAUUUGUUUUUGCAUUGUACUCUGUAAAAUAUUGCUAUAAAUGUUAGAUUAAAAUACUACGGACAGAGCUCUCUAAUUAUAUCUCCCUCUUUUUGAAACUCUCUAGUGUUUUUACAUAUUUCGAAUGUUGCCAAUCUUGCUCCCUUCUCUCACCCUGCUACCCAUUUACAGAAUAUAGAAUCAGCUUUAUUUCCUGUUAAACUUCCCUGUUUCCAUCUAUUUAGCAGAAAGAGAAAGGAAACAACAGGAGAAACUACAAUAUUAAUAUAAAUACCUAAAAAAAAUUAAUUGCCUGGGGACUGAGCGAGCGUAUUACCUCAGCCAUGGGGGGGCUGGAGAUUAGUGACCUCAUAGAAUUCUGUGGACUCACUGACUCAAGAACAUCCACCCAUAGCAGCAGCUUAUAAAACAGGUUGCUAUGGCUUAUUCUGAGCAUUCCAGAGCAAGCGCUACAACUACAGAGCGGUGAGUGAGAAUGGCUUGUGAGACACAGUUAAAGAAAGUUUUGUUGGUGCCAACUUCGAUGCUGGUGCACUAGGUUUUAACUCCUUCAGGACAAGAGGUUAAGCAAAUCCUAUGAUAUUAUGACAGUUCUGGCAUGGCGUCUGUCAGGAACAGAUUUUAGGGAACUUUAUAAGAAGGGCUGCUUAUCUAAGUCUAUAGUGUAUGUGACAUAUUCACUGAAGUUGUGGUGACAUGGUAAAUGCCUUAAUUUGGCACUGUGAGAAUUAUUUGAUAAGAUGAAAAUAGAUCGAUUAACUAAUGGGUGUAUAUAUCAUUUACUCAGCAGGAUUUUUUCCUAUGAUGUGCAUGCUUUUAGGAAGGAUAUGUCAUUGUAUAUAUAAUUUCAUUAUUAAUACUAUCGUCAGUCACAUAUGCUUACGUAAUGUUUUUAUCACUAUAUAUAUAAAUUAGUUAACAGGAUUUCCUGCAAAAUGUGUUUUUUUGGGAUGGAUUAAUCAUUCUAAAUUAUUUGUUCCGUUGACUUUCUUCUGCUAUAUGUAUGUCUGUUGAAUGCAUUAAUCAAUGUGUGUUUGUAUGUAUAUAUAUAGUUCUGUAAGGCUUUUAUCGGCAAUAUUUGUUAAUGGAAUGGUUUAAUUGGUGAUUAUACCAUGUUUUCAUUAAGAUUCCCCUAUGCUACAUGUACUUAUAAAAUGGAUUAACUGUAUAUACAUGCAACUUAUUUAGUUGUUAUUUAAAAUAGUAUAUACUUAUAGGAUGAACUAACAUUACUGUACCAAGUUUAGUAAUAUUUAAAUAAGACUUUACUCUGAUAUAUAUGCUCUUAAAGAAUGGUAUAGUUGGUGUAUUUAUUAUAUACUAUAUUCAAUAGGUUUAUCCUAUACUAUAGGUAUUAUACAGAGUAGUUAUAGAGAGCAAUUCGGGUACAACUGAGUAAUUUGCCGGAGCAUUUCCAUAGUGACUGGGAAACAUUUAGUAUUUUGCCGCAUAAUUUCUAUUUAUAUAUAUAUUCCCCUAUAUGGUUAUAGUAAUAUGUAUUUGUUUAGCAGGACUUUCCUGUGCUAUGUGUCAAUAGGAAUAUAUUUUUAGGAAUUUAGUUAAAGAUAGAAUUGAUGCUAGGUGACUUGCCGCUCAAAUGUCAGUGCCCACAGUUGGCAUAUGCUGGUCAAACCAAGAGAGACGAAGGAAGAGAUAGAGAUCAAGAGCAGAAAAUUGAUGAGAAAAUCAGUGGCUUCAAGCAAGGUCGAGAACUAGGGGCUUGAAAAGGACACCUGGCAUGAUGCCAGUCCAGUUAGGCACAAGAAAUAACAAGAUCAGUCUUCCGGAGCCUAGGCAAAUGGGAGAAGGGCCAAUCUGGAGCAGUAGGAGUAAAGGACAAGACAUGAGGCAAAAUGAUAAACUAAGCGAUUGGGGUUAGAAACAGGACAUGACUACAUCUGACUUCUCUGACAAUGAGCAGAGGGCAAGGCGAAUCGAAUGAAUGUGAUAGCAAGGAGCACCUGUAUCCUGGGCUACACAGUGCUGUUGGUCACACUGCUAGCUACAAAAUACUGCAGUGAGUCACUGAGAGGGGAUGGGGUUGCUAGUUCCACAAUAUUUUCCUGGAUAGCCAUAAUUACUUUAUGUUCAAGGAAGCACAUAAAAAGUAUUGCCCCCCUGGGUGAGGUAUUAGAGGGAGUGGAUUGGCAGGAUAUCUGGGAGACGGCGGCCGCCUCCUCCAUCUGUGUUUCCUUCCAGGAACAAUCUUUCAAGACCCUCUUUAGAUGGUACACCACCCCAGUACAACUCCAUCGCAUGCGAAAGACACCCACUGAUCUUUGCUGGAGGAACUGUGGUCUGCGGGGCACAUACAUCCACAUGUGGUGGGGGUGCCCCGUCGUCCGCAGGUACUGGGAGGACGUUAGAGACAUACUGGGACAGGUAUUCCAGAGGGCACCCGCCCUUGACCCGUGGACAUACCUCCUGGGCAGACCUAUUGACGAAUGGCCCAAAUAUGACCUAAAACUAUUCAACAAAAUCACAUUGGCGGCCAGACGAGCCCUCGCACAACGCUGGUUAAAAAUGCAGCCCCCCACCAGGGCAGCGAUCCUGGGGAGAAUAAAAGAUAGUUGCCUAAUGGACGACCUCACAGCAAGGGUGCGCAGUACCCAAAAGGCUUUCGAAAGGACGUGGGGACGCUGGAAGGACUGCCCCCUGGCGGAGUAACCGUCCUUGCGCUUGGCGGGGCCGCGGCCCGGGGGGUCCGAGAGGUGGAAGAUGCUAGUCUGCUUGGUGCCCUCCCCCCUUCCCGCCGCCCUCUCCCCGCCUCCUUCUUCCCCCCCCCCCGUCCCCUUGGGCUCCCCCCGCCUGCCCGGGCGCCUGGUCCACCCACCCCCCCACCCUCCUUUCUAUCUUCACUCUACCUUUCUCUUAUCUUCUUACCCGGGUCCUCGCCUUAGACGAGGGCCCGCUUGAUACAAUAUACACAUUAAGCACACGCAGGCAAUGAUAGCACACUGAAGCGAACUAUCAGCGCAAACACGCACGAAUUCACACGCCAGGCAGGUAGGCGCCAGGGAGUGGAGGGGGGCCCAGUCAGGCCAAAAUGUAUUUCAGUUCUAUCUAGUACAAAGCAGGAGUUGAACGCGGGCUCCACAAUACAGGGGACAAUUUGCAGCUGGAACAAGUCAGAAGGGCCGUCACCUGUAUUUAACAUAGUUGGAGACUCCACAGCAUCAUUAAGAGAUAUCUCAUCGCCCAACGGUACCCCGAAACCCUCCAAUAGCGCUAGGAUAGGCACCACCGAAUGCCUACAGAAACCCACCUUCACGCUCUGGCCACCUGUAACUGACUCAAUAUACAAUAAAAAAUUGACAGCACAAAAGUGAUGUCCAAGCCCCCUAAUAAAGAGUCCUGUGCUACAGGCACUUAUUGUAACAUAAGAUGUCUACCACGCUUAUCAACUGUAUGCCUAUGCUGUAAUAUGUUAUGUUAUACUUGACCACGGUUUAUGCUUAAACCGGAACAUCUUGCCUUGUUCUAUAAUACUUUGUCAAAUAAAAUAAAGAAUUAAAAAAAAAAAAAAAGUAUUGCCCUGACACAUUUGGAUGUCUAUGCCUUCUCUGAUUGUUUAAAGAAACACCUUAGUGUUAGGAAUACUGUAUUUCUAUUAUUAAAGAGUCUCUCUGCCUUUAAUAAAGUAUAUAUUCUUGGGAAUUCCAACUGAAUUUCAAAUUGCAGUUUAAAUAGCGGAACUAAAAACAUAUCCCACUUGGAUUUGUUCCCAAUUCUAAAAAUGUGAAAUUUGCUUUGAAUUUCCAAGAAUUCACACUUGAAUAAUCAUGUAAAGAUUGGGAUUUGAGACAACAGGUUCCAGGGGAAAGGGAAGUUGAGAGCAAGAGAGAUUUACUUAAGCAAAUAUUAUAUGGGUUGUAAGGUUGCUUAGGAGAUAAAUUAACAAAUUAUUUUAUUUGUAAUUUAUUUUUUCACCCUUUAUAAAAAACAUUACGGGAAUUCAAAGUUUUGGAAACUGUACAUCAACCCUUCAGUUGGAAUAUUUCACAUAGGGUCUGAAAUAUUAUAAAAGCAAAAAAUGUAAAUAAUAAUAAUUGUAGAUUAUGCUAGAUUUAGUGUACCUAUAAUCUUACUUUUUAUGAAUGACAGGAGGCUUCAUAUUUGCUUAAGUUUCUCUUUACUAGAACUCCACAGCAGCACAGAAAAUCAACCAAUCAGAAAAAAGUUAGGUUCUAUAAAACUCCCCUCCCCAUGCAUCAUUUCCUCUUUCGAGCUGCAACAAAAACAGAACAAAAGGCAGAAAAUAUAAUGGAGACAAAACGAAGUCCUAGAUACAAUGAAUACAACAACGUCCAUCAUCCGAGGCAAUCUGUCAAACCAGAAAGCGUUGAUGGAUUGUAAGCUGAAACGAGAAAAAAAAAAUAGAAUCGAACAGGUUGGUUAGCCAAUGAAAUGUACGCUGAACAAAACUGUAGGCACCCAGUGAGACAACCAGAAAUACCAUAAUAUGCAUAGAUCCUAACCCUUACUAUGAAAAACGGACAUAAGAAUAAGUGAGAGGUAGCAGAGACAACAAGCAGAGUUGCAUACCUACCUGAUGAACCCAAACUAUAAGUUAAACAAGGGCGGGAUUAAGAAUCGGAGGGAAAUAUUCGCCUCCUGUCAUUAAUAAAAUUAGGAUUAUAGGUACACUAAAGCUAGCAUAAUCUACAAUUUUAUAACAUGACAGGAGGCUUCAUAUUUGCUGUUUUAACGCUCAAGCAACAAAUCCAACGAUGUUUGUUUCGCUGAUACCACUUCCGGGAGAAACUAGAGCAGAAACCCAAAUAGGCCCUGAAUAGUAAGAAGUAACAGCGGAUGGCUCAAUGAAGAUGCCAGCUGUCAAUGUACCACCAGUCAUUGAAAACACACAGUUCACUGCUAGACCGUUUGUGCGGAUGUGACUCGCAAGGUUAACUGUAUAACUGCGUCGUAAGUUCUGAAGAUCCUUUGCGAGCCUGGAAUGCGAGGAAAUACUGUCACUAGGUCUCAACCCUCUAUGCGGAAGAUUGCUCCUCCGAUCGUGUCAGAAUCACCCGGUGGUAUGGUCUUGACGGCAAACUCCAACCUCCAGCAAGGUGUCUGAGUCCAUCACCAACUUGUCACAAAAUCGAAAGUGUCUAUUCGUUCCCUCCUGAUCUACCAGGCGAGUGGUCUUAUCCAGGAAAGAACUAACUACGCUGGUCCGAGUGCGGGCCAAAUCAGUCUACUACUAAGUGUUUUCCGUACUCCAAUUGGACUGCGGAAACUGCGACUGUGGUAGGCCAAGUACUCCAAAGUGACGUCCUAUCCGGGUUCCAAACUGAAUUUGUGUAGCGAAACGGUGCUAGAUCUGAACCCGACACCGUUCCUGGUUAAUACUCCAAUGGGAGGGUGCGUCCCGACUACGUAACAUCCGAGUGGGAUUCGACCUCAAGCAGGGUUCCCCCAUAGAGUCCAAACCGUCCUCCUUGUCCGUAUCUGAAUAGGUGAUAAAGCGAAAAUCAAAACCAGCAGGGCACCCGUGGUGGGCCUAGUGUAUAGGAGGAGGGACCUCCAUAUAUAGUGUUCUCCAGAUCCGUUCUCAGGAGGAGUCGGGACAAAUCUGUCACUUAUCCCCGGAUAGCUAACCGCCAGGGAAGCCAAAAUUGACCGGGAACUCCGGUUUUCCGACCAAGGCAUACGGUGUCUCUGCAGACCGGGAAUGCGGGACUUAUCCAUUCCCAUUGUCAAAGUAAGGCAGUGCAUGUAUGCUCUAUGAAGGCCUCAAAUCACAUGUCACCCUGAAUAGUGGAAAGAACUGUCUGGUCAGUGUCAAAACAGUGUGAAAAACAUAACCAGGUUGCACUUGCUUGUUCGAUACAAUGCCGGUUAUACCAAAACCUACACACCUGUAAUAACUGGGGUUCCCCCCAUCAGCCGUACAACCUUCAGGUGUAAAUCCAACAGGGAAUUCUAGGGUACCCACAAAAGCUGGCCACACUCAGGAGCGGUUUCUAGACAGCCAGUUCCUAGCGGCCCUUACCCUGUCCAAUAAGGCAUCAGGGAAACGUGUAAAAAGGGGUGGGGAAUCUCCCCCCGUACUACCUCAGAGAGUAUAUCCCAGGUGGGGAUACAGUGGCAUGGGUCCAGCAGACCAAUUAUAGGGGAUGUAGCAGGGAGAGUUGGUUUAACCAUGUGAAAUCAUGUUCAUACAGGUAGCAUUUCUAUAACGAAAAUGGCAGCACAUGCGUGAGGUCUAAUGGAGGGGUUCUCUCCUCUUACCCAUUCGCUGUUACAUAGCGUCUCCUCGCUCUUCCGUGAGGUAGUCAUAGUCCUUCUAACAAGAGCUGUAGUAUCAGCUGCAAAUCAUGGUGGUUAGCACAGACCUCCGAAUUGAGUUGAUCGUAGGCGGGACGCCCCGAUAUGAAGACACCGGUGUCCUGUACUGGCCUAAACCCAUAAGAUGGGUCGACAGUAGGAUAAUCAACCUUGUUGGGUAGUGACCAGCGAUGGGCCCGCCCUCAAGAGGGGAGCGGAAUCCAGUACUGUUAGAAGGUUGUCGUGCCAGCGGUAAACUAAGGAAGCAGUGUACUUGGCUAUCUUGGCCUGUGCACCUGAGGGGAGCUCAGCAGCGGGUUAAAUGUGCUAGAGAGACGCACUCUCAAGCAUUAUAAAAGGUAUCCCUGCCAGUCCCAGGCUGAUAGUGUGAGAGGGCCGUACCCUCUAAUAAAACUCAGUGAGCAUGCCAGUGUCUGGCUCCGUAUAGGAAAGUGGAUCACACUCCAAACUUGUAAUUUGUCUCAAUAUUCACCACGGGUUGAGGCUAGGGGAGGUGCGUGCCCAUUCGUGGGAGUUUAGUGCCAGGCUCCGUAUAUGAGGGGGGUUCCCUCUAAUCCUGUAAAUUAGCCUUCAAUUCGAGCUGAAGUUAUGAAAGGGCUGCACCCUCCUAUCAUGCAGAACAUAGCCCAUAUCAGUCUCCGACUGAUCCUAAGCAAGGAGCUCGUCCUUAAAACUAGUCAAGUCAGGCUGAGGUCCUGAGGGGGAUGCCCCUUUGACCCUGAAAUCACGCUCUGUAUCAGUCAUCUGAGUGGUGUACUUUCACUGGGAAGCUGAUAGCUGAUAAAGGUCGGAGAACAAUCCACUCUAAGGGCCGUGUCCAAGAGUUUACUACUGGGGACAGGCCGAGAAAUUGUAAUAGCUAGAAAAAAUAUAGAAUCUACAAACGACCACCUGGAUCCCGCGCAAGUGCGCGGGAUACAGGGUGGUCGCCGGUAGCCUGAGGAAACGCUGGAGACGUUCUCCGCGAUCCACGAGAGCCCGGGAAGUCAGAGAAGGCCAAGUCAGGCCUCUUGGCAACCUGAGCGAUAGGAAAAGUCGGAAAACACGAAACAAAGAUAAAAAGCUAGAGUAAAAUUCGGAAAAAGAAAAUACGUACCUCGGAGGCAAGGAAAGUAAACGGACAGGAUGAGCCAAGGAUAGGGAAAAACCAACUGAAAUAGCCAAGAACUGAGAGAGACAUAGAGAGAAAUUACCUAGCUUAUGUAAAUGAAUACCGGAAAUGCGGCUAAAGGACUAUUUGCUAAGAGUCCAGGAAUUACCGUGCACCCCUGUUUGUGUUGAGCACUGGUCCCUGUAUGUGCAUUAGAGUGAAACUCUCCUUGGAGACGUGCCGUCGCUGGACUGGUGCAAACCGUGGCUGCCCGUCUGGGCUCUUUGCAUAAGCCUUGUCCCUCAUGCACGAGGUUUAGGGCCUUCACCGUUUCACUCAUAUUUAGGUGUACAUAGACCGGUGUCACUUCAGAAAGUAUGGUAUCAGUGCUUACCUGGACACCUGUCUCCGUGACAAUAGUGGAAACUGAGAUACCUCAGUAAUAUUCCCCCAGGCCUGCGGCCAAAGGGGGUUCAGGCACAGACUAACGUCAGUCUAUCAAUAUGGCACAGACAGAGCAGGCCAAUCAUAGGGGCACAGACAAACCAGGCCAAUCAUAGGCGCACAGGCAGAGCAGGCAAACACAGCGUUUAGUACGAAUGCUGUAAGGGCCAAUGUGUUCGAGUAGGGACUCCAGAUGUGUUUACGGGUCCCCAGGGUAUAUCGGUGUUAAUUACCCCAAAACGUAAAUGGUCUUCCAGGCAUUGGCACCUAUGGGAGUAACCCCAAACCAGGCGACUGGUAGACACCUAAGUCUUGCAGGCAGCCACAGACAAAAAAAACUCAGCUGUAGGGAAAUCCCCAUGCAGCACAGACUUUAAUGUAUAGGGAAACACCCUUAUAAAUUGGCCUCUAUAGGGCACACUGAGCGGGGUUUAAUGGGGGGCCAGCUAAGCUCCAAAAACCUGAGGUAGGCUGGCAGGGCCCUUGCAGAUUGCCACUAGGGAGGUGACAUAUCUGACAUAUCCAUCCACUAUAUAAAUUUAUACACCUCUUGUGUCACUUUAAUAAAAUUAUAAUUAAGAUGGCAAGGGCUUGGUAACUGAUGGCUUGGAAGCCUUCGCUUUAAAAGGUCAGUUCGCAAAGGUAAUAAUUACAGGGCAUAUAAGCAACUCCUAUCACCUGAAAUUUCAACUUGACGCUAUAAUUAGGAAAGCCUUUGCAGGAACAGAACCUGCAAAGGCAUACUCUAAGGUAAGUACAUAUCCGAAAUAAAUAAAUAAAUAAAUAUGGCAGUAAGGCACAGUAAGUUAUAUGAAGGCACAGGAUGGCUGACAAGGACCUCCCCACCCCCCAUGAGUCCAAAUACAGUCUAACAAAAAUCUAGGUAAGCAUAAGAUGCACAGAAAAAAACCCCCAAUAAACCUCAGUAAAAAACUGUAAUAAGCAAUAAAAUCCCAAAGCCACCAACUAGAAGCAGGAGGCAGUGGUACUCUGACCUGUACUGACUGCGGAGCAGCAAAGAAAGAGGAAAUGAUGCAUGAGGAGGGGAGUUUUAUAGUACCUAACUUUUUUCUGAUUGGUUGUUUUUCUGUGCUGCUGUGGAGUUCUAGUAAAGAGAGACUAAAGCAAAUAUGAAGCCUCCUGUCAUAUUAUAAAAUUUAUAUUUUUAAUACUAAUAAAAUUAUUAUUUUUUCAUAAUGUCCACAAAAUAUUAUUUUUAAUAUUUUGUCCAACAAUUAUCCCUACAAUACAAAUGUUCUUAUAUGUAGUAGGAGGUGACAGGAGUUUUUAUAUGUAAAUUUUCAUAGGUAAAUAAAUAUGGUCAAAUAUAUUUUUAGUAUUUCUAAUGAGCCUAAUGGCAUUAGUAGCAAUAUAGUUUACAAAAAACGGCAACAAAAUAUAAAAAGAAUGUCUGCAUUUGAACAUAAUGUUCACAUACAAUAACUACAGUUAAAACAUACAUGUAUAAACUAGGAUAUUUAAAGUGUACUAGCAGCAAUCUGUCUCAGUCUCUUUAAUGCCAACAAAAUAUGGGAGAUUUCAUUCUUUCCUCCUCCCUAGUAGGAAUGGUAUGAUCUUUGAAAUUUCCUUUACGGUGUGAAAAGAGGAAACGGGGUGUGACAGAUGUACAGUGUAAUAUCAAUAACCAUAAGAUGUAAAGCAUAGCCGUGUGUAAUACACAACUUUAUAAUAUUGGCUGUUAGCAUUACAGCUGCACUGCAUUCAUAGCAUGAGACACAAAUAGCAGCGUCGGAUAUGAUUCUAAUAAAGUUUCCUCAAUGCUGACGGCUGGUCCUUAUCAUUUCCCACACAAGUUGUGUCACAAAUUUCACUACUGAGCUUAUUCACUAAAAGCCUUAUUGUGCUGAAUUAUAAACCAAGUUGUAAAAUUUAGUUUAAAAGAUGCAAACUGUGAUUAUAGUGUCUUGGAGAAAUGUUAAUAAUCAGAUAUUUUGCUCUUAAUAUUUCAAUUCAGUCUACAAUUAAUUACAUUUCUAUUAGUAAGUAAAACCCUGCGUAUACAAUGUUAGUAGAGAAUCCUGCCACUAGCACCACUGCAUAGCUAGCUAUAAAGAUUAAUAGAAGAGUUUGAUAAUAAAGAUAAAUGUUUUAUUGGUAUUUUUAUUUUUUUUAUACAAUAGGACUUUCAUCUUUUCUGUAUUCAGUGUGUGGAUAGACAGCGUAUAUCCCUUUCAUCCUGGAGGUUAAUUCUCUAGUGCAACCUUCAGCACUCCAGAUGUUGUGAACUACAUCUCCCCUGAUGCUUUGCCUGGAAGAUGUAGUCCACAACCUCUAAAAUUCUACCCCUGCUCUGUAUAUUAGUAUAUUAGUCUGUAUAUUAGUUGGUUUUUUUUACUAUGUAUGUUUGGAGUCCAGACCAAAUUCAUUUUAGGUUGAGACCCUCUGCCCUCGGCAUCAGAUGCCCCUUACAAGCUGACUACAGGAAAAUAUAAAUUUGAGGAUGUUUUGGAUAUAUGAUAUGCAUUGUGAGUAUAUACAUCAAAGCACUAUCCCUUUUGUUUAUUUUUUAUUUUUUACAGUUUUUUUUUUAAUUGUGUUUUUAUCACAUACAUUUGCAUUGUAUAUAUUCCCAAUGCUCUUACAACAGAUUAAUUAAAUAUACUUUAGAUUAUUUAGCACUAUUUCAUUUGUCUCCCAUGUUGGAAUUAGUGUAGGACCCACUGAUAUUGGGGUACUGUGGCAUAGUGGUGGGUUUAACACAAUAUGACCAUAUGGUUGAACUGAAUCCUCAUAUUUGUUUGCUGAGAAAGGUGAUUUUAAAUAACCUUGUAAAAUGUAAAACUCUAUUUGUGUGUGUGCUGUUCCUUAAUCUGUAUUUUUAUAAAGUUUGGUCUCUACCGCAGCAGCAUUACAGAGAAAUGCAUGUUCUGGGUGCAUGUUUUUUAACUAUGUAUCUUACUUACAGGGAGUGCAGAAUUAUUAGGCAAAUGAGUAUUUUGACCACAUCAUCCUCUUUAUGCAUGUUGUCUUACUCCAAGCUGUAUAGGCUCGAAAGCCUACUACCAAUUAACCCCUUCAGGACGGGUGACGGACGAGGUCCGUCACACAGGGGAGACCCUUAACGACGGGUGACGGACCUCGUCCGUCACGCGGUAAAAUUAACCCCGGAUCGCCGCUAUCGCGGCGAUCGCGGGGUUAAUGGUGCUCCCGGUAUGCCUCUGCAUUAGAGGCAUACCGGGAGCACCCGGUCAAGCUGCCCAGCACAUGUGCUCGCUCUGACCACAAGUCGGAGCGAGCACAUGUGCUCUAGUAUACUCACCUACCGGCUCCCUGCACUUCCGGGUUCUGUGUGAAGUGCAGGGAGCCGGAUCAGUGCUGAUCCUGCCCCCUGCUGGAAAAAAAAAUAAAGUUUAUUUAAAGUCCCCCCCCCCCUUACCCAUUUUAAUAAAAAAUUAACCCCUUCCCUGCCAAUUGAUCACUGACUACAGUGAUCAAUUGGCAGGGAUUACAUUUUACUAUGAUCUGAUUUUUUUUUUAACCCCUGAGGGUUAAUUCUUUUUUUUUUUAACCCUCAGGGGUUAAAUUAAUUAAAUUAAUUAAUUAAAUUAUUUUUUAAUUAUAUAUUUAGAUAGCUGGGGUGGGUGGAAGUUAGUGGGGAAUUGGGGGAUCUGGCGUUAGGCUAACUAGGGGUUAACGUUAAAAAAAGUUUUAAAAGAAACUUUAAAAAGUUAAAAAUUAAGCUUAAAAAAAUGUUUUAAUAACAUUUAAGUAAAAAAAACAAAAAAAACACACUUUACCUAGUCCAAAUAAAAAUUAACCCCUUCCCUGCCAGUCGAUCACUGCCUACAGCGAUCAAAUAGAGAUCACAGUAUUAUACUGUGAUCUAAUUUUUUUUAACCCCUGAGGAUUAACUUUUAUUUAUUUUUUAACCCUCAGGGGUUCAAUUUAUUUAAUUAAUUAAUUUAAAUAUUUUAUAACUAUAUAUUUUGCUAGCUGGGGUGGGUGGGAGUUAUGGGAAAAUGGGGAAUUUACUGUUAGUGCUGCGUACUGCUAGUUAGGGGUUAACGGUAAAAAAAAAAGCUUAGAAAAAUGUUAAAUCUGUAAAAAAGUUUUAAGAAAGUUUAGGAAAGUUUAAAAAAAAUUUAUAAGCAAAACAAAAGUUUAAAAACUAGUUUUUAAAAGUAAAAAAGUUAUAAAAAGUAAAAAAAUACAUUUUAAAAACGCUCAUUACCACUACACCUGGAGCAAACUAGAGAAAAAAAUUAUCCCACGCCAAGGUUCAAAAUAUGCCUUUUGAAUUACCCCAGGGUGUAUUCUUUAAUAAAUAGUAUGUGUUUGUGGGGAAGUUUCAAUAACCAACCGUCUAAACUACUCCAAAUUGGAACAUGGACACAGCGUAAAACUUCAAAGUUAGAAAAAAACUGAAUGGCUGCGUCUCAAAUGCGCCCCUUCAACAUCCACAUAUACCUGGCAAAGGUACAUACGGGGGUAUUGCUGUACUCAGCCGACAUAGCUGAGCAACAUAUGAAGUAUUAUACAGUCAUAGCACACAUAAGGUUUGCAAAAUAUGCUGCGCAAACUCACUUUGUAUGUCAAAAAGGCAGAAAAAAUGCUUAUUACCACUACACUUGGUACAAGCUAGCGGAAAAAUGAUCCCACGCUAAGGUUCAAAAUAUGCCUUUUGAAAUACCCUGGGAUGUCUUCUUUAAGAAAUGGUAUGGCUUUAUGGGGAAUUUGGAUUAUAUAGCCUGGUAAAAUACUCUAAAAUGGGACAUAGGCACAGCAUAAAAAUUCAAAGUUUGAAAAAAACUGGAAUGGCUGUGUCCCAAAUGUGCCCCUCCGAUGUCCACACAUACCUGGCAAAGGUACAUACGGGGGUAUUGCUGUACUCAGCCGACAUAGCUGAGCAACAUAUGAACUAUUAUACAGUCGUAGCACACAUAAGGUUUGCAAAAUAUACUGUGCAAACUCACUUUGUAUGUCAAAAAGGCAGAAAAAACGCUUAUUACCACUACAUCUGGUACAAGCUAGCGGAAAAAUGAUCCCACGCUAAGGUUCAAACUAUACCUUUUGAAACACCCUGGGGUGUCUACUUUAAGAAAUGGUAGGCCUUUGUGGGGUAGUUUGAAUUUAAAACCUGCGAAGAUGCUUGGAAAUUGCACAUAGGCCCAGCGUCAAAAUUCAAAGUUUGGUAAAAACGGAUAUGGCUUGGUCUCCUAUAUGGCACUGUAGCUUCACGAAAUAGUGCCAAAGACAUUCAUAUGGGGUGUCAUUUUACUCAGAAGACUUAGCUGAGCAUAAUUUGGGGGUUUUGAACUUAGUGGCACAUAUGAAAUAUACAAAACGCCCAGCAAAAAUGCAAUCCGUAUGUAAAAAAUGCACAAAAUUAUUUUUUACCACAUACUUUGGCAUAUAUUGGUGAAAAAUGGGGGCAUGUUAAGGCACAAUAUGCACCUUAUGAGAUACCCUGGAGUGUCUACUUUUACAAAUGGUAGGCCUUUGUGGGGGUUUUUUGAACAGUCAAACUGUUAUAAUACCCCAAAUGGAAGCUAAGGCUCAUUAAAUCCAUCUCUCAAAAUUCUACUGUGAAUACUGUAAAGGACAGGUCUCCUAUAUGGCACUGUAGCUUCACGAAAUAGUGCCAAAGACAUUCAUAUGGGGUAUCAUUUUACUCAGAAGACUUAGCUGAGCAUAAUUUGGGGGGUUUGAACUUAGUGGCACAUAUGAAAUAUACAAAACGCCCAGCAAAAAUGCAAUCCGUAUGUAAAAAAUGCACAAAAUUAUUUUUUACCACAUACUUUGGCAUAUAUUGGUGAAAAAAUGGGGGCAUGUUAAGGCACAAUAUGCACCUUAUAAGAUACCCUGGAGUGUCUACUUUUACAAAUGGUAGGCCUUUGUGGGGUUUUUUUGAACAGCCAAACUGUUAUAAUACCCCAAAAUGGAAGCUAAGGCUCAUUAAAUCCAUCUCUCAAAAUUCUACUGUGAAUACUGAAAAGGACAGGUAUCCUGUAUGGCACUAUAACUUCACGAAAUAGUGCAAAAGACAUACAAUGGGGGUGUCAUUUUACUCAGCAGAUGUAACUGAACACAAAAUAAAACUUUGUACAGGAAUAACACACACCAAUUUUACAAAAUAUACACGAGAAUUUCUCUGUUAUAAGUUUGUGUGCCAAAAACCAAAAAGAACACAAUUUUACUCCAAUAUUUAGCAGAGGUUGGCGGUGAAAUGGCUACGUAGAAAGUGUCAAAACAACCUUAGGUAAAUAGCCCGUGAUGUCUACUUUAUAUAAAUAUAUACUUUUGUGUGGCAAUUUUGUUUUCUUUUAUGGCUAUUAAGCUUACAAGACAAACAUACCAAAUUCUAAAAUCGCUCCACAUUAAAAGUUUAUUUUACUCCUUGUGCUUUGUGACCUGUAACUACCAAAAAAAACUUAAAAUCCCAGACACAUUAUAUAUUCUGUAAAUCAGAACAAAUAAAUAAAUUUAUUUUUAAUUACUUUCCUUAACCUGCACUAAUUAUACACACAUUAUUAUUGCAAAAACUGUAAAAAAAAACAAUAUUUUUCAUUUUUUUUGCAUUUUUCUGUAUUUUUUUUAUAAUAAGUAAGCAUUUAUAUAUAUAUAUAUAUGUUAUAUCAAAUUAAAGCCCUUUCUGUCCUUUAAAAACAGUAUAUAAUAUGUGUCGGUGCAAUAAAUGAGAGAGAUGCAAAUUGCAGUUGAACGCAAACAGCAAGAAAAUGCAAAAAUUGCUUGUGUCAUUAAGCGUAAGUCAAGCUUCUGAAGCUGUGUCCUUAAGGGGUUAAGCAUAUUAGGUGAUGUGCAUCUCUGUAAUGAGAAGGGGUGUGGUCUAAUGACAUCAACACCCUAUAUCAGGUGUGCAUAAUUAUUAGGCAACUUCCUUUCCUUUGGCAAAUAGGGUCAAAAGAAGGACUUGACAGGCUCAGAAAAGUAAAAAAUAGUGAGAUAUCUUGCAGAGGGAUGCAGCACUCUUAAAAUUGCAAAGCUUCUGAAGCGUGAUCAUCGAACAAUCAAGCGUUUCAUUCAAAAUAGUCAACAGGGUCGCAAGAAGCGUGUGGAAAAACCAAGGUGCAAAAUAACUGCCCAUGAACUGAGAAAAGUCAAGCGUGCAGCUGCCACGAUGCCACUUGCCACCAGUUUGGCCAUAUUUCAGAGCUGCAACAUCACUGGAGUGCCCAAAAGCACAAGGUGUGCAAUACUCAGAGACAUGGCCAAGGUAAGAAAGGCUGAAGACGACCACCACUGAACAAGACACACAAGCUGAAACGUCAAGACUGGGCCAAGAAAUAUCUCAAGACUGAUUUUUCUAAGGUUUUAUGGACUGAUGGAAUGAGAGUGAGUCUUGAUGGGCCAGAUGGAUGGGCCCGUGGCUGGAUUGGUAAAGGGCAGAGAGCUCCAGUCCGACUCAGGCGCCAGCAAGGUGGAGGUGGAGUACUGGUUUGGGCUGGUAUCAUCAAAGAUGAGCUUGUGGGGCCUUUCGGGUUGAGGAUGGAGUCAAGCUCAACUCCCAGUCCUACUGCCAGUUCCUGGAAGACACCUUCUUCAAGCAGUGGUACAGGAAGAAGUCUGCAUCCUUCAAGAAAAACAGGAUUUUCAUGCAGGACAAUGCUCCAUCACACGCGUCCAAGUACUCCACAGCGUGGCUGGCAAGAAAGGGUAUAAAAGAAGAAAAUCUAAUGACAUGGCCUCCUUGUUCACCUGAUCUGAACCCCAUUGAGAACCUGUGGUCCAUCAUCAAAUGUAAGAUUUACAAGGAGGGAAAACAGUACACCUCUCUGAACAGUGUCUGGGAGGCUGUGGUUGCUGCUGCACGCAAUGUUGAUGGUGAACAGAUCAAAACACUGACAGAAUCCAUGGAUGGCAGGCUUUUGAGUGUCCUUGCAAAGGUGGCUAUAUUGGUCACUGAUUUGUUUUUGUUUUGUUUUUGAAUGUCAGAAAUGUAUAUUUGUGAAUGUUGAGAUGUUAUAUUGGUUUCACUGGUAAUAAUAAAUAAUUGGGUAUAUAUUUGUUUUUUGUUAAGUUGCCUAAUAAUUAUGCACAGUAAUAGUCACCUGCACACACAGAUAUCCCCCUAACAUAGCUAAAACUAAAAACAAACUAAAAACAACUUCCAAAAAUAUUCAGCUUUGAUAUUAAUGAGUUUUUUGGGUUCAUUGAGAACAUGGUUGUUGUUCAAUAAUAAAAUUAAUCCUCAAAAAUACAACUUGCCUAAUAAUUCUGCACUCCCUGUAGUUUAUAGCAUGGAUUAAAUAUAUAGCCAUUUAUGUAUAUGAUGGAUUUGUUAUGUAUACAACAGAACUUUUCUCUAGUCUGCAUCUUGUUCUAAAGGGUAAAUUUGAUGUAUAUGCAAUGUAUGCAGCAAGGUCAAGAGUGCACCAGAGUGCACCAGAGUACAUCUGACUUAAUUAGUUAAGUCUAAACUUACAUUCAGUAGCAGAGUUCUAAAAAUGGAGCAGUAACAAUAUAAAACGGAUGUUCCUACUUAUUGCUCUACCUUAAAUUGUUAUUCCCAGAAAUUAGCGUUACACGUAAUGCCAUGUUUAUAAAUACAUCUUUGUAUUUCUAAAGUUAGAAUAUCCUUUUAACAAUGAGGUAAAAAUUCUCCCUUCUUUUUAUCUCAUAAUCUCUUGUCCAAAUCAGCUCUUUUUGCGUAUUAGUAAUGGGAAUUGUUUGGAAUUGACAGUGGAUUCACAGAGCCUUUCAAACUGGCAGUUCUGCUACUUUGACCCAAAUGUGACAUGCUUAUUUGAAUUGACUUUGAUUUCCAGACUUCAGUGAAUAACCCAGUUGCUGUUUAGUGAAUCAGUACCUCACAACAUUGAGCAAGUGUGUCUAAUUAUGUUCUUAUUCUGCUGUGAUUUGCAAUACAUGUGCAAUAGCCUCCAAUGGUUCCCUAUGGGGAAGCUGUGUUGGCUGUGAUGAUCAGGUUUUCAGGAAAGAAAUUUAAGUAAAUCGCUUUAAUGUACCCAGGGGGUAUACUUUAAAUAGUUACUUAGAACACUAUAGGAUUCGGAAUACGUUUGUACUCCUAUAGCUAAUGUGCUCCUUUACAUUUAAUCUAUACAUUGUGCUAGGAAAAAUGCUCAAACUUAUAGAUUUUAAUUUAAAAUUUCUUUAAAUUAUUGGUCCCUCACCUGUAAAUCAAUUCUUCAGCAUAGAUUUGCCAAUACCUCAAAGAAGAAUAUUUGAGUGACGGGGAGAGCAGGUGAAUCUGUCAUGCUACUUUGGAUUCUGGUGACUUCACUUGCCAAAAGCCAUUGUCACUUCAUGUGUGAAAGUACAACACAGGGCCUGUGGAGUAUCCUGCAAGAAUACAGAAUCUUCCAUAGAUAGUUUCACAGUUGGGCAAUAAGGUGCCAUAGACAUCUAUUGCUUAUCAUGUGAGAUGAUACCUGUUCCCAUCAUCCUUCGUGAACAACAACUGAUGGGAACAACCUUUUGUCCUACUUUGUCUCAUUUAUAUCUUUACGUUUUGUUGGAAUUUCGAGAUUCUCAGAGUUUUUACUAAAGUAUGAAUUGAAAGUGAAUUUCAAAUUUAACGCCAGAGUAGAAACCUAACAGUAUAGCGGGCCUUCUUUCAGUUCAACUAUUUUUUGUACUUAAAUUUGAAAUUCACUUCGAAGUCGCUUUGAAUUCUCACUUUAGUAAAUAUGCCUCUCGUGUAAAUUUCAAACCUGGCAGAGUUACUUUAAAUCUUUACAGCCUAAAUAAACAAUGUUGAAAAUGGUUUCGCCAGUAAACCUAAAUUGUUUUUAAAUACGGAGAAACUAAAAGAUCAGCAGUUUGAUAUAUUUUCCAGUAGUGAUUUAAAAUGUAAGAACAUAUUGUAAAACUCAAACUCCCACCACACUGGCUAGUAUCCUUACAUCUGAUCUUUGCUAUGGAGACUGGCUGUUGGUUCUCUUAUCUAAGAUGAAAACCAGAGUGUUCCCAGGCAUGUUAGAAUUUUUACCGAUCUGGUCAUUUCCAGUUUGAUAGUUUUAAAGAAAAGGGUCGGGCAACUCUUUUUUGCGUCAUUUUUUUAUACAUUCCUAGAAGUGAUCAUUUUUACACAGAUAAACUAUUAAAACUUCCUGUUCUAAAACUACGCUGACCAAUUAUAAAACGAAUCUUGUGUUCUAAAACUACUGCAUCCGUUUCAGUCAAAAAACCUUGAUCAGUUAACAGAGAGCACUGAGUACUUUUCAGUUCUGCUCUAGUCUUCGUCAGUUGAUUCCACUCAAAUAUGAGCGCGUGACUGGAACCUAAGGCUGCCUGAUCCGCCGUGUUUUUGUAAACGCAUAUCAUUUAUUCAUUGUUGAUUGACAGCGAAUAUAUGAAAAUAACUUUUUUUGUCAAACAAAAAGGUCUUCAUUUGUAAAUCUGCAGAGACUAGGUCUUUGCACCAUAACCUCUUCAUUAAAUGAGCACUCCACACACAUAGGAUACUUUAGCUUGCUGAAGUGUUCUGUGUGUAUGUAUAGUGAACUUUCCACUCUUAAUUUGAAUUGUGAUAAUGUGAUUUAUGACACUGUGUCCUGAUUGGACAUUUCCCUUUGUACUGUUUCCCAGAAAACUAGUAAAAGCUGAUUUGCUAAAAAAAAAGAAAAGAAAAGAAAUUGGCACUUUUAUAAGUUAACCUUGUGACCCACUCUGGCUGUCAGUCAGACAACCUGCUCCUUCCUGGUUCUCAAGGGGCCCGAUUUUUCAGAGCGCCUGCCUUUCAAAGACUUCUCAUUGAGCUGCAUUAGGAAGUCAGUGAUUGGACAGUCACAGAAAAAAAAAAAAAAACAUACUUAAAUGUGUGCAUGGUUCAUUGUGGGGAAUAUUUAUUUAAUUUAUUUAUUGGGGGGGCAGCAAAGUGGAAGCUGAAGUGUAUGUGGUGCUAACCAUUUUAUCUAUGUGGAAUUCUGCAGCAUUUAAAUGCUGCAUACUGCAUGACAUCCAUUUUUAUAUGCUUCAAAUCAAUAUGUAUACAUGAUAUGUCUCCAGCAAAAGAAGACAUGUUGGAUCUACACCACUAGACUGUCAUACAAGUAGAAAGUCAAGUCUUCUGUUUUUACCAUGCUGAGGUAAAUAGUUCAAUGCAUUUUAGCCUCCAUCUAUCCCUCUGGCCAGAACGGAACUAAAAGUGAAGCAGGAGGGAAAAGAAAAAUAAUUACAAAAAACAAUAAUAUACAUAUUUCUUUAAAUACAAAAAAUAAUUUACAUUUUAAAAACUGGCAUUUUCCCUGUAUAAAUAUGUAAAUAUGUAUGUGGGAUGUGUCCAGAACUGUCUAUGUGGAGGCUGCAAGGUUACAAGUUUAAGAUAACCCUUGUGGAGAGCAGAGAUAGCCUUAUCAGCUGCAGGAGGCUCCCAGGCUCAUUGCUGCCUGUUUACAUGCUGGAAGCUCAACAGGGUGAAUAAUUCUGAAUCAGAAUGCACAUCUCUCCGGUAUAUGUACCAGCUCACAUCACCAACAUAGCUUGUAGGUAAGGUCAUCAGCAUGUAAUGACUCAUUCAAUAGGUGUGAGUGUGUGUUUAUCUGACAGUAGUGAUGUAUGUAUCACUAUAUGUAUUAGUUAGUAGAGAAUGUCAGUAUCAUUUGUUCUUGCUUAACCUUUUAUAAGGUUAGUAAUUGUCAGGUUAUUAAUUCUACAACUUGCAACUCAUUUCUCAGGCAUCUCCAUGGGAAAUUGCUGGGUAUUAUAAUGAUGGCUAAUCAGGUAUUUCUGAACUACAUUUCCCAUAAUGCUCAGUUACCCCUAAAUAGAUUGUCUAGCUAAAAUCUACCCAUAUUUUAAUGCAUUAUAUAAAUAUAUUGUUAAAGGGAUUGUCUUUAUAAAAUUACCCAUACUUUUAAUGCAUUAUAAAUAUUUUAUUAAUGGGGUUGUCUACGGGUUAUAUUUUAAUGCAUUACAUAAAUGAUGCAUAAAAAAAUUGUCUGCAGUUGCAGGCAGACUCUUCCCACACCAGUUGGAAGUGCAAACCACACCAAAAGAGGGCAUUUACAAAUGUGCGGCAGUCAGUAACUUAUUCAACAACUUCUCUCAUUUGCUAUGAUAUGGAACUGCAGCUGGUGGUCUGGGAUUUGUGGGAUAUGUUCAGACCCCAUGGACCAGAGAUGGUCCUUAUUGGUAGAGUUCCAUCCUGAUCUGGGCAUAGCUAGUGGCUGCUGUUUGUCUGGGGAUUUGCAGCAGCUGAAGUAUCUAAGUUUAUUUUUUCUUAUUUUUAGGUUUAAUUUCCAUAUUUUUAAUACAUUAUAAAAUUGAGGUCACUUCCAGCUAGAGUCUCCCUUUGAGCACUCUCCAUGGUUUAUUAGCCGUAUUAACGUUGAUUGUUGCAAGCUUCAUAGAGUGAUAUUUCGUUUGGUUCUAGUGGUCCUCAGACAAAAUAAUUGCAAACAGCUCCAGUAAAACUGCUAAUCUGACUCAUUUGAUUUAUUUUGGGAACUUUGCCAAACUGGAUGUUUUGUAACAUUGUAGUAUUUUUUUUAAGAGAACAAAUGUGCAUGGAGAUGAAAAGAUAGAAAGCGCAACUCAUACACACACUGAGUUUUAUGUCUCAACCCUGAAAUCCUUGAGUGUAUCUAUAUAACAUUUUCCAAAGCUGUUCUCUCUCCAGCUUCUAUUACAAUGACAAUAAAAGGCAUUGCGACUUAAAGAGACAGGAAAACAGAUAGCUUAGUAUAGCAGCCAUGUUAAAGGAACACUGCAAUCACCAUAACCACUACAGUGCACCGCAGUGGUAAUGGUGCCAGGAGUGAUUUGGUUCCAUUCAGUGUAAACAGUCAAACCUUUUUAGAUUCUAGAGUCCACUGGCCACCUGUCCUUGCUUCUCCACCUGUUAGUAGCUCCUGCUGGCUCCCCUGAGCUAAGUCCUGCAGUGCAGCGUCAGCUCAUUGGCUGAGUUGGGCCCUGCACCACCACGUUCAGCGCAAUCAAAGAACGUCUCUCGUAGAGGCAGGGAGCGGUGCAUGGUAGACCCAAAGCUUUCUAAAACAGUUAGACUACUUACAUGAAGGGGGCGGGGCACUCCAGGCAUCAUAACCACCAAAGCAUGCUGUAGUGGUUAUGGUGUUUGAAGUGUUCCUUAUAAAGACAUAUAACAUGCAUGAAGCAAUAUUGUAGCAACUUCAAUAGCCGAGACUGAAAGUGAUACCUCUUGUACCUAAUAAUAAUAAUGAAUCUCUUUGAUAUUAUGUUGAAAUUGUACUCUGAUAAUUUUGAUAUAAUUUUAAGAUUAUACACUGGAGGUGUGGUAAAUGUAUAGUAAAUGCUUCAUAUCGCUAAUUAGAAAACGUAAUAGGCCCCUCAGAUUAAGAAAACCUAAUAGAUGUUCGGGUCCUUCUACCAUCCUCUCCACAUGGCAGCGAAUGCUCCUAUUGAGAGGGUGUCUGUAUUACUUCACUGUGGUUCUCUAAUCUUUCUUAUUCCUCUCCCAACAGAAAAGUUCUCUCCCCCUUACUGUGGUCAUCUCUCCCCCUUCUCUCUCCCCCACCAGUGUCUUUCUCUUUGUGACUAACUCUUUUGCUAUGCUGCCCUCUCUCAUCCAUAUCCACUCAUCUCUCUGCAGCUGCUGUUAGUCUGCAAGGACAAUACAAACCAGUCCAGUGAAGAGGAACAGAACAAGGAACCAUGCUGAAGGUAAGCAGGCUUACAGCAAAAGUAUAGAUAAGUAUCCCUCUCUCCCCUGAAAUAGAGAGGUGUCUAACAAAGUAUAUUCUUCUGAGAAUUGAGCUCUCUAUCUAACAGCUGAUGUCAGGUCAGAUCAAACAAUGCUCGGUUACUAUAAACAAAUAUUAGGACAGGCUCAGAUAGUGCUGGUUUACAAGUAACGUUAUAUGGUUACUAAUUAUCAGGACAGGCUCAGGCAGUGCUGGGUUUAUAUCUAAUGUAAGGCAAUCUGACUGAAGAUGAUCAGGACAGAGUCAGACAGUGCUGGGUUUAUAUCUAAUGUAAGGCGAUCUGACUGUAGAUUAUCAGGACAGGCUCAGGCAGUGCUGUGUUUAUAUCUAAUGUAAGGCGAUCUGACUGCAGAUUAUCAGGACAGGCUCAGACAGUGCUGGGUUUAUAUCUAAUGUAAGGUGAUCUGACUGCAGAUUAUCAGGACAGGCUCAGACAGUGCUGGGUUUAUAUCUAAUGCAAGGUGAUCUGACUGCAGAUUAUCAGGACAGGCUCAGACAGUGCUGGGUUUAUAUCUAAUGUAAGGCGAUCUGACUGCAGAUUAUCAGGACAGGCUCAGACAGUGCUGGGUUUAUAUCUAAUGUAAGACGAUCUGACUGCAGAUUAUCAGGACAGGCUCAGACUGUGACAGUGCUGGGUUUAUAUCUAAUGUAAGGUGAUCUGGAUAAUACCAGAAGUGUUUACUUUCUAUAUCUUAUAUAUCUGUGUAUGUACUUGUGUCUUGUCCACCAACUGCACAGCUUUGUGGAGUAUGUUGGUACUUUAAAAUACCACUACACAUUAACCCCUAAAUUACCCUAAAACACUACAUUAUCAGGAAACAGUAAACUCUACUCUGCACAUUAACCCCUACUCUCCAAUAAGAAUUAACCGUUGCACUACUUGAAUACUUACACUAACAUUAACCCUAAUUAAAAAAUAUAAUGUAAUCUAAAACACAUAUAUAACGAUGAAGCAUUUAUUAUGUAACUUUCAAACAAACAGAUUAUUCAAGUUUUUCCUGGAAGACCCUCUACAUCUAACAACUAAUGGGAAGUUACCAGACUAACAAAUCCAAAAAACAUGUAUUUUUAGCCAUGAAACUAUCCAAGACACUGAUUCAUAACAAAUGGUUUUUAUUACAGCUACUAGGCUGUGCUGCAAUAUGUACUCCAUGGAAUACUUUUAACAGUAAUAAUGUAUGGUUUUUAUAUAGUCAUGCCCACAUUGUCCAUCUGUUAGAGGAACUCUCUAGUCAACAUGGGCAAUACAGCGCUUUGGUGGUUAUGGUGCCAGGAGUGCCAUGGAACCCUCCCAGUAGUCAAACAGUUUGCCAAUCUAAUUGGGGUCUACCCAGUGCGGGCCUCCUUCUUAAUGGGAGUUGGAAGCUAGGCACUGCGGUUUUAGACACUCUCAGUCAAGGAGCUGGCCCUACAAGACAGGGCUUAGCUCGGGAGAGCUUUGUGAAGCUCCACACAGCAGCUUGCCGCGUAACCCCCCAACACUGGAGUCCCGAGAAGCGGCGAUGGUGGAGGGAUGUAAAGUGUCACGGCCAAUGAUGUGAUUGUAUCACUGGCUCUGCCCAAAGGAAGAGGUCCGUACAAAUUACUGGCUGCCUGCCAACUAUCCAGGCCGGCCCACCUGAGUUGAUGCGCUCGCUAUACACUUUUUGGGCACAGUUCACUGAACAAAGUCCUGAAAACUGUAACUGUCCUGCUGUAAUCUGGAUGUUUGGGUGGCAUAUUAUAGCUCUCAGACCAGGAACAGUUUAACCACUUACAUUAGGGGAGCAGCAGGCACUCCUGGCCCAAUAACCACUACAAUGCGCUAUAGUGGUUAUGGUGCUAGUAUCUUCCUUUAAUAAAACAUGUUUAAGACAUUAUAGAUAUGCUGCUUGUAGUUAACGUUCCUUCCCCAGCAACAUUUUCUUACAAGCUGGUAUGAUUCAUGUUCUUUGAUCCAAUUUCUUAGCCUUGUCUGUGUCACAUGGUGCAUGGAUAGACAAGGGAUUAGCCUGCUUUCAUUCGGAUCAUUCUUGCAUUCAUUUUGCUUUCACAGACACGUUUCACUCUUGUUGUGGGAUCUCUUCUUAUAUAACACUGAAUUCCCUCCUAGUGUGAAGUCUGCACUCUGUAGUCUGUUGUUGUCAUGGUUUAUGGUGGAUCUGGCAAUUUGAUUUAAAAGAGCAACCAUUACAUUCACUCAUUUAUAUAUACAUACAUUCAUUGUAUUGUUUCCUAUUUUCUUGCUGUUGUCAUGCUUUUCUUUUGUAUGUUUUAGUAUAUAAAUGUAAUAGAUCACAAAAUGCCACCAUUAAAAAUAUGACAUAAAUAUGGUCAGUGAUAGCGCUGCACAUAUGAGCAUUUAAUGUACUUAGAUUACCCUGUAAUCCUAAAUGCACAUAUUGAAAAUACAUCCACAGUGACAGUAUUAUUAGCUUUGUGACAACUCUGCCCUACUAUGUAACGCCAUUACCCAAGUGCUAAAUUAUUCUCAACAUUUUUGUUGUUCUGCUGUAAUUAAAUGUUUUUUUAUAGAUCUGGACAGUCUAGUUCCCAUGGUAGUACUAGAUGUUUACCUAUCAUUUUUAUUUGUUACUUUCAAGGAAAUAUACUAAGACUUAACUGAUGUAAGUGGGUCAGUACUAAGAUAAAGAACACCAUGUAUUUUAAAUUAUAUUGUACAGUGAAUUUAAAUUGAGCAAUAGUGCAGCGAUGUUGAGUUGAACUCAGGGAGUUAAAAUACACUUGGCUGCAAAAAAAUGUUGUGGGGUUUUGGUGAUUAAAAGAGGCAUUAGAUUAUAUUUAAAUAGUAUGAAGGAUUGGAAGAGGUAGUACAGUGGUGGAAAAGGGGGGUCGAGGUCUAGAAAAUUGGGCAGACUAGAUGGGCCGAAUGGUUCUUAUAUGCCGUCACAUUCUAUGUUUCUAGAGGACAAUGGAUUGCAUGCACAUUAAGGGCACUGUGGUUUAGGGAUCAACCGAUUAUCAGUUUGGCCGCUAAUAUCAGUCGAUAUUCGGUAUUUUGGCAAAUAUAAGUAUCGGUUUAAAUGACAUUGAUAUUUGUCGAUAAUAGGUGAGAAGGGGCGGUCUGCCCCAGGUGCCACUCACAUUGUAGAGCGAGCGGUGGGGAUCCAGCACUCGAUAUCUUCUGUUUCCAGCAAGUCCUCCCUCCAGCUUGGAGAGAACCCUGCCUGAAACAGGAGAUAGCGAGUGCUGAGACCCCCUGGCAGCCUGUGUAUACCCAGCCACUGGACCACCAGGGAGUGUAAAGUUCCUCUCCCUGGCCACAGGUAAAAUGCAGCAGGCAAGAAUUUUGGUAUCAGUUAAAUGCCCAUAAGGCCACAGAUCAUCGGUAUCGGUCCUUGAAAAUUGAUAUAGGUCUUUCCCUACUCUGGUUAUGACGGAUAGUGGAAUGCAGUCUCGUAGAGAGUCUGAGAGCCUCAGUGGUUUCGAAAAGACAUUGGUGGGGUGUAUGGAGAAAAGGAUGGGUUGGAGGGGAUCAAAAAGGGAACAGUGGUGAGGAAGCUCUGAGCUGUACAAGCUAUGGGCGUAUUCUACAUUCUGACCUAAAUCACUGUUUUUCAUUUGCGUUAAUCACAUUACUUUUCCUUCUUCAGAAUUAAAAACACAUGUGCACUACAAUAGUGUAAACACGUUAGAUUCUCAUUUCCCUUGUUUUAGAUUCUAGCUACAUUCCUUUGAAUAGUUCAAGCCAAAAUACAAAUAAUUUUUUUUUUAACAUCUUGGUAAUUUAUGCCAUAUGAAAUUGAUUUACAAUAGUAAUGAAGCAAAAUAUUCUUCAUGUGCUAAUCACCCUGUGUUGGAAACAUCAACAGGUGACAUAUUUUACACGAUAACUUCACUCUCUGAUACCCAUUAUUACUGUACUAUAAUACAUUAAAUAUUAAUAUUGCUUGUCUAGGAACAAAAAUCAGUCUGCACAGAAUUUUUCCUUUCCUUGGUGGUAUAGUGGGGCUGCUGGAGUGCUGGAGGGUGCCACUCCUUCCCUGUAAUGGCUGCAAGAUGUGGGAGUUAUAGAGGAUUGUGAUGUUUCCUGCAUGGUCCUCUGAUAAUUAACUUCCCGUACGCAGUGAUACUGUGGGAAUAGGCUCCUGUGUUAUCACAGUUCUCAUUAAAUCCAAGUGGGAAUUAUCAGAGUCCCACUCAAAUUUUAAUCACAAGCAUCUAUAACUCCCACAUAUUGUGACCAUCAUGGUGUAACUGUAAAAAUCCAGAUGGCCUUUAUAUAACCCAUCAGCUCACUUAUAUACAUGUAUAAUUCUACUUGGGAAGCCCUCCUGAUCUAACCAGUUUUCAUUGGUCCGGGACCUUUCCAGUGAACCAUGCAAUUUGUCAAGUUUACCCAAUGGCUAGUCUGGGUUCUCUUGAAUGCAAUUUUCUUCCAAAAAAAUAAAUAUAAAUAUUUAUAUAUAUAUAUAUUUAUACUCUUACUGUCUACCUUCACUUUGACUCCAUCCUACACACAUACAUGCAUGCAUAUUUAUAGUAUGCAUAUUGAUAGUAAACAUUAAUUAAUGCAGAAAUCAGUUUAGAAAAUAUAAAAUAAUGAAAGAAAUUAAAAUAAUGCUUCCAUUUAUACGUUCAGUGGAUUCAGAAGAAUUUAAACCUUAUUGAUUGUUUUAUAUGAUAUGUGAAUGUUUUAUUUUGCUCUCAAUAUCUAUUUUUCUUCUCCUCAUAUGAUUUAAGCAUAUGAUGCAUUCUAUUCAUUUUUAGCAGAUUUCUUUUUUGGUUUAGUCAUUUUCUUUUUAUUCUUUUUUUUAGUGUGGAAAGAUGGUAAUUUAAGUGUCUGUUCACUACAAUAUUUCCUGCAUGGGAUAGACAAAGGUUUAUUGUCUAUCUUUGAAAGGACAUUUGGGUGAAUGUGAUAUGAUGAAGUCAUAUCAAGAGUGUCUCAUAUCGUUUGAGGAAUGUACUCACUGUUGCCAAAUAGGAGGCAUCGAAACUUCUUUCUGAUAAUGUAAUGACUUGAGCUGGUGCUGGAUAGCAGUGAAACAUGCUGUAUACAAGAGCAUCAUUCACAGAUAAUGUAUUGUUUAAAACAGGUGGUUUACUAGAUGUUGUUGACCCUUGUAAAACAGCAAUCUUUUGACAGGAAAUGGCAGGCUGAGGAUUAUAUUAGUUGUGGUUUAAAUACAGUAUGAGAGUUGUAGGUUACUAAUGGUGGUCCUCUAAAAUUAAUGAUUUUAAUGAUAAACAACAUAUAUAGUAUAAGCCUGAAUAUGUGCAAAUAGAACUCUCCAGUUUAAAAUAGGUUCACUUUAGUGGCCAAUAACAUAUACAACAAGUAGAAAUGUCCUCCAUAGAAAAGGUAAAAGCAUCCGCAUCGAAAGCUCGAACUUUCGAAACUCGAUGGAAAGAGACUAGACAAAGAAGGAGAGUUAAUUUUGCAGAAAAUUGUCUCAGGGACAGAUGGAGUACUUCGGGGCCAAAUCUGGGCUACAUCCUAGAGUGUGGAGUACUUCGGGGCCGGUGGUCUUGGCAGUCGAAUGCCCCGAUGUAGGUGACAAAUAGGAGGGUCCUGACCUAUGGGUUUCCUUCGGACCGGAGUAUGAGUGGCCGAGAUCGCUGAAUGGACCACAUUGAUCGAUAGAUAAAACGUACCUUCCAAGAACAGAAAUGCCAGAAAAUUCAACAUGGAGGGGACAGAGGCCAUAAAGGGAUCGAGAUCCCGUCCUACACACCAAUUAGAUCAUGAAAGCCAAGCUGAGAGGUAACAUUUCCUAGCUCCUGGAGCCCAUGAUUCCCAGAGGAUGUCUUUAGCCUCCGCCGAUAAUUCCUCAGUGCACCAUGAUCCCCUGAAAGAGUCCAGGCUACCAAAGAUAGGUGUUCGUCUAGGAGCAUCAGAUGCGGGUUCCCCAUGGGGUCUUUGAGCAUCGUUUGGCCGAAUGGGAGGAGGAGAGGGUCCUUGCAUGAUACAGCCAGAAGGUCCGGGAACCAUGGUUGACUUGGCCAUAGAGUGGUUAAUAGGAGAACUGUCACUAUCUGAAACCUGAUGUGGUGCAGUAAUCUUGUGAUCAUUGGCGGGAAGGCGUAUGUGCCUCUGGUCGGCCAAUUCUGUAGGAAUGCAUCCACUGCCGAACACUCGGGAUUCAGGAGCCAAGUGGAGAAGGUUGGUAGUUGUCGGUUGGUGCAAGACACAAAAAAGGUCUACCUCGAGUGGGCCUCUCCAUUCGUUUAGCACCGCAAAUAUGCGAGGAUCCAAUUGCCAGUCGCUGCUGCCCGCCAGUGUCAGGAGAACCAGUCCGCCGUCAGGUUGGUAUUCCCCGGCAGAUGUUCCGCCAUCAGCGUUAUGUUGCGUGGUAGACAGUACCAGGUCUGUUGGCAUCUGGGACUCUUCCAUGUUAGGCACUGGAUUUACCCACAAUCAGUGAAUAUCUUUUGGUGGAUAGGCACAUUGGGGCAGAUAGUCAGCAGGGACCACCUGGGGUUUUGAAAUGGCCUGUAUAUAUAAGGCCCACGUAUAGGCAGACAAAAUUCUAGGGGUCACCCAGAAACAAGGAGACAGCUCCUCUCAGCAGUGCUAAUAAAUGGGGACUCACCCCAAGCCCGCGUACUCGGUAAUAACCUGACCGGCUAAGCCCUUAAAGGUUUACUAACCUCUAGCAGGUCCCUGAGAGUAGAUAAUAAGCAGGAAAUUAAAUCAAUUCCACAAGUUUUUCUACACAGCACUAAGAAAAAGCGUCCACACAGAAUAACUCCAAUACACACUCAGCAUUUAAAAUGGCCACCUGGACUCUCGCUUAUGCAAGAUCCAAAAUGGCCACUGAAAAAAAGCCUGCAAAUCCGCGUUAGAGUUUGCGGAAAAAACUCCAGAAUGAGGAGAUAGAAAAAAAAAAAAAAACUAACAGUGCUAAGCCGUGAAUGCCGUUGUUCAUGAACAAUUGUUCAUGGAAAUACAUACGAAACUGAUGGGAACAAAACUACCAAACACAAGUGGCUUGUUUUAGUCGCUUUCGGUAGGUAUGAUGUGGAUAUUAUGCAACCGCUGGUGCCUACUAACAACCGUGUGUUUGUGGGAAGUCAGCUAAGAGGGAAAAUGUCACCGAACGCUUAACGCAAUGUACGCGGUUGGGUGAAAUGUCCCGAACAGAUGAAAAUCGCUGUACAAAUGCGAACGCCAGACGAAUAGGAGAGCCUCCCAGGCGCUUUACACUCACCGCAGUGAGCACAUGAGUGUUGUGGGGUAUACCUAGAUUGAUUUUAAACCAUCAGUAUAACCCGGAAAGCAGAACCUGUGGGGAAAGGGAAAAAAACUGAGAAGGGGAAUAGGGAAAACCUAACCCUCAAGCACCAUAGAAAGGGUGCAAGAUCUCUCAACUUCCCACAGAAAUAUAUACAAAAUAUGCUAGGAACACGGUAAAAGUAAUAAUAGUAAUACAAUAAAAUAAUGACACAAUAAUAUUCUGACCUGACUUGUGAUGGAGCAGCAAAGAAAGAGGAAGUGCCUCAGUGAGAGUAGCUUGAUAUAUACUCUGCUUGUCUUUUAUUGGUCGUUUCUUUUUAUAUGUUCUUUGCUGCUUUUGGAGUAGUAAAGGAAGUUAAUGCAAAAUAUGAAGCCUCCUUUCAUGUGAUAAAAUGAUGACUUUAUUGUCUCCAAUGUCCGUUUAAAAAAAGAGAACAAGCAGUACACAGAGUGGGCACGAGACACUCAAAGGCACUUCCUCCGAAACAUCUCCCCUACCUUUGGCACAGGUUAUAACAGUUUAUUCAUAACAUAAAUAUGAUAAAUGGGAAUAUUAAAACAAUUAGAUUUGGACUAAUUUCAUAUCCAUUAAUCAAGGAUUAACCCAUGAACAUGGAAAAAGUAAGAGGAUAAGUCAACUAAACCUGGAUUGAGUGCCGCACACCAAUAAACAUUAUGUAAUGAAUGUACGAUUAUAACCUGUGUCAAAGGUAGGGUAGAUGUCACUGAAAAAGUGCCUUGGAGGCAUGAAACACAUAAGCGUCUCUCGCUGUGCCCCCUCCCAUUCCCUCACCCCUGUGUACUGCUUGUUUUUCUUUUUAUACGCACGUUGAAAGGAAUAAAGUCAUAAUUUUUCCUCAGUACGGAUACUUGUCCUAUAGUUUGAACCCGAUGUUGCAGUUGUAAUAUACCUCUCCAAUACCGAUGUUCUUUGUCUUUCAUUUACCUAACCUAAUUCUGUUUUCUUUGACUUUUCAUAGGUCAACAGAGCUCUGCUUGGUCACAGCAAACUGGCAGUCUUUUUCAUCCUCUUGUUUGGAGCGGUCAUUUCUGCUAGCAAUGAGGUGAGAGGAUCAUAUAUUAAAGAAAUAGUUUACAGUUUUGGUUGUGGAACAUGCAGUGGUGUAUCCUGGUUUUGUGCUGCCCUAGGCAGGACAAAACGCAGGUGCCCCCCUCUCCCCCCGCGCAAACCCCCCCCGCCUUCUAAAUACACACACACACACAUUCACUGACAGAUACGCAUACACUCGCUAACAGAAACACACACACACUAACACACACACUAACAGACACACUCACACUCACUAACAGACACACACUCACUAACACACACACUCACACAGUCAGACACACACACACUCACUGACACACUAACAGACAAACAUAGUCAGACACACACACUAACAGACACACUCACUCACUAGCAGACACACACACACACACUAACAAACACACACAUUAACAGACACACACUCACUGACACACACACACACACACAGGCAAACACACACUCACUGACACACAGUCAGACACACACACAUACACACUAAUAGACACAGUCAGACACACACACACUAACAAAACACACACACAUUAACAGACACACACUCACUCACAUUAACACAUUUUUUUAUUUAUUUUUAUUUAGCCCCCCCUCCCUUACCUUUGGGAGUGCUGGGGGGGAGGGGUUCAUUACCUCCCUGGUGGUCCAGUGGAUGCCGGCGGCGCUGGGCAGGCGGCUGGCGAGGGAGCUCUUCCCCUGAGCAGUCUGCUCAGCUCCCUCGCGCGCCGCAAAGUGAGGCUGGGAACCGGAAGAUGAUGUCAUCUUCCGGUUCCCAGCCUCACUCUGCGGCGCGCGAGGGAGCUGAACGGACUGCUCAGGGGAAGAGCUCCCUCGCCAGCCGUCUGCCCAGCGCCGCCCGCCAGCCCAGCCGGUCAGUUAGCCGCGAUGCUAACAAAGCAUUUGCCUGGGCAUUUGGGGGUGCGUCGUUUUUUGCCGCCCCCUGAAAAAUGCCGCCCAAGGCAAAUGCCUUGUUUGCCUCGCGGCUAAAACGCCCCUGGGAACAUGCAAUACAUCCUAUUUGUACUACAUGAUCUUGACUUACUCAACCUAUUCCUACCAUUCCUGAAAUCAUAUUCAUUAAAGAUCACUAAGGAGUCAUUCAGAUUUCCAGCACUAAAUACCAAAAUUUAUUAAAGUUCCAGGUGGUUAGUUUUCAGACAGUACUCCGACUCUUAUUGGUUCCACUUCAAUAACCAGGAUGGCAGUUGCAGUACAAUGACCAAUUGGGGAUGGCAAAUUCCCUAACGUUAUGUUAUAAAAUGAAUGCCAGUUCUAGAUUGAGAUCCACAUACUGUACUAUAAUCCUGUGUUAGGAUUAGGUUACUCAGUGAUUCAUUCCUCUAACAGAACAUACCUUUCUCCUUAUGGGUGCUUUAGUAGUUGUAAGGGUGCAUGAGAUUAACAAAUAUGUGUUUUGAGAAGCAUGAAUAGAAACUCUGGCCCUGAUAGGACAUGUAGCAACUCAAGUUAUGCUUUUAGUUUAAGUUUUUCUUUAAUUAUAGCUAGACAGUGGAUAUCCAAUGACACCAUCUAAGAUGUGCCAAAAUACACUUAUUGUUUCCAUUCUGAGUGUUGCAACUGAAUCACUGACAUUUAACCCAAUAAUAAAAUAUUUCAUUACGGUAUAUAUACGUGUUUGAACAGUAAACCUGGUUUGUGCCAAUUCUGAAGUCCUUUCUUCUGCUACUUAAUUGAGGUAUUUUCUUGUGUAGUGGACUCUUUCCUCUAAUACCAAACCUGCUUUUAUCUUGUACCUAGGGUUUUCACCAGCGGAUGAAGCGAGGAACAAGAGCAAACAAAUGUAAUUACUACUAAAAAUUUUACCUUGAAGUUGGCUAAGCACCAGGUGGGCAGAGACAGGCGAAUCCUAGUAGGAAGGAGACUAGGGGAAGGGUGACAGUGGCAUGAGAUGCACAUUUUGGAAUCUGUGAAGGCAUCACAGGAAAAUGAAAAAACAAACAUUGAGCCAAAUUAAUGUGAAUGCACAUAUUUAAGCAGGAUGGGGAUACAAAUUUGUUCUAGGUGGGGAUGUUGAUGGACCACAUAUUUCUUUGUAAGCUGUUCACCGCUAUAAAAAAUACAUUAGCAAGUUCUCUGAUAUUUCGAAUGUCAAUGCAAGAAAAAUAACCUUUAAGGAUUAAAUUCAAAGCCCUACAACAGGACAUAUUUCCUGUGCUUACCUUCCAUUUUUCUCCCUGCUAACAGCAAUAUGUGUGGAACGUGUCUCGGGAAGAAUCUAUAAUGGAGGUGAUAGCUGGCUGCGACCUUCUGGCAAAAGAGUAGAGUUCUGUCGCUGUGAGAAUGGGCGAAGAAAAUGCCAUAGUGUGCCAGUCACAGGUGAGAUAUUGGCUCUGGCAAGAAGAUGCUCACCGUACGCUAGUAAGAUAAAGUCAUAUCAGCUUAAUGAUAGCAUAAAUCAUCUUGGGUCACAAAAUAUAGGUGGUUCCACCCAAAAUACCAUGCAUAUGGGAUACAUGCCAAUGUUUUAAUAAUAAUUAUUCCAGAAGGAAUUUAUCAAGAAUAAUUUUUUCCUUGUAAAACAUAUUAAACAUAUUAAAAAGCAAUAUACGCAUAUAAAUUCUCACAUACUUCAAUCAGUACAAUCAUUUUUUUUUAAAUUAAUUUACUGGGAUUAAUUUAUACUACUGAUUCUUAAAAGAUCCUACAUGUAGACAGCCUUGUUUCCCCUGCAGCCACAACACUCGUAUUAUAUAUAGUCUUACCCCAGUCUAUGGAGUAAACUGAAAUAUUUCACUACAUAAGAUACACAGUGCCAUGGUGCUCAUAAAAGGUGAGGCAGAGAUAGGAAUUCACACCGUCUUAUUUCUCUCAACAGAUUGCAGUGUACCGCAAUGUUUCAAUGGAGGACGCUGCCAGCAGGCUUUGUACUCCUCACACUACCUGUGUCAGUGUCCGAAUGGCUUUAAAGGGGAGAACUGUGAAAUAGGUACUUGGAAAAGCCACAUAAUAUAGUGGUGCUACCUACUUCUGUAAACAAUAAGAAAUAAACUAUGUAUAGUAUUGAGAGAAUAUAUAGUAUAAGAUAUAUACCAAUUAAUGGAGCGCUAUACAAAUAAAAAAUUGUGCAGGGGCUCGCUAACCCCAUCAAUUGAAUGUAACAACAAACUUGGAAAUACAAACUUGAAGGUAUAUAUGAAAAAGAAAUACCUUCAAGUUUGUAUUUUCAAGUGUGGUGUUACACUCAAUUGAUGGGGUAAGUGAACCCCUGCACAAUUUUUUGAUUUGUAUAGCGCUCCACUAAUUGGUAUGUAUCUUAUACCAUAUAUUCUCUGGGUACUUAAGAUUGAUUGUGGAAAUACAGGUAUUUCACUUUAUGUGUUGAGCUGCUCUCUGUUUAGGCACUAUAUUGGAUCACCCACUACCUCUGAAGAGAGGUAGCUUUUGUUUUUCUUUUGUAUGUACAGUAUUGGUCUUACAUAAAACAAAAAAAUGCCGCUCUGUAUGAUGGUGCUGAGUAUGUUGAGCAGAUAUUGGAACGUAGUGACACAUUCAUGUGCCCUGAUACAUGAAUUUGUAGUGACCUCUUAGAGUGAGAAUGUCCAAAACUCCAGCUAUAAUGGGCAGGAACAAUGCCCUAAAUGGUCCAGCAAGUCUGCUGCUAUUGAACGUUACCUUCUCUCUCUUUCUCACAAACUGUCUUAAUAUCUUACUGGAGUGACAUAGAAAGGGAACAUAAUAUGUGGUCAAUUUUUGUAUGCCGAAAUAACUGGAGAAUGGCAAUAUGCAAAGAUACUUUCUAUUGGACUAAUAAGAUAUAGUAAAAGAUGAGCUUUCAUAGAGUUUUCUCUCUUUUUAAGGUCAAAAGCAAUGCUAAUCAAUCUAAUGGAAUUUUAAUAUUUGUAACAUAAGACACAAUUUUUGUAAUAAUACUUAGAAUGUGUAUUCUACAGAUACCCUCGAAGCCUGUUAUGAGGGCUCAGGCACCACAUAUAGAGGAGUUCAUAGCGUCACUCAGAGUGGAGCAGUCUGUGUGAACUGGAAUUCAGAGGGCAUUAGGAGACAGCUAUACCAUGGACAUCGGAGUGAUGCUUUGCAACUGGGACUAGGAAACCACAACUACUGCAGGUAAUGCGUGCUGUGCUUUACAAGAUAGCAGAUGUUUAAGAAGAUGGUUUUCUGUUUUCUUCAUGCAAAUAAUCCAUAUUCUUGAUAUGUGGUCAUAUGGUCACAGUAGAAAUAACCACAUACUAAUAUAUUGCUCUCACGUUCCAUGUCUCUAUAGCAUUAAAUUAGAGGGGCAAAGAUUUAAAAAUAAUAUCCGGUAGUAUUACUUUACUGAGAGGGUAGUGGAUGCAUGGAAUAGCCUUCCAGCUGAAGUGGUAGAGGUUAACACAGUAAAGGAGUUUAAGCAUGCGUGGGAUAGGCAUAAGGCUAUCCUAACUAUAAGAUAAGGAAAUUGGGCAGACUAGAUGGGCCGAAUGGUUCUUAGCUGCCGUCACAUUCUAUGUUUCUAUGUUAUUUUGCUCCUUCCUGCAAUGCAGAGUGGUACACUAAUAGAUCUUCUAUAUCUGAAUGUUAUUCCUUCAUGACUCCGAAAAGCCCAUUGUUUGUGGAAGAUGGAGGUUUAAUAUUUUAUCAAUCAAUAGGGGAUUCUCGCAUUUAGUGCAACAGUCAAGAAGAAGUAAAUACUGGACAAAACUGCUAUCAACAGAAUACAUUUGAUGGGCAGAGGAUAAAAUGAUGGAGUGCAAAGGAACAAUAGCCGGGGAUGUUAUAUGUGGAGGGAAGCUAGAUGACAUUAUAACAGAAUAUGGAAUGGGGGGAUGAUGAGAUAAGGAGAGAGAACUAUUAAGAGUAACAGAGCAGAAUUAACCAUAAUUCAACAUUGGGGGGCUACUUAGGGUUCAGGGGUCAGACGUGGCCCAUAACCAUGAGUUUGCUUUCCCCAUCAACCAUUCAUGUUGAAGAAUUAAGGAGGGAUUCAAAUUGGUUAUGGGAUCUUAAUCCUUCUCUAGAAUAACCUUUCUGGGAUGAAGUUCUUAGAUCAGGUUUGUGCUGAUGGAUCCGAAGCUUUUGAAAUAUUCUUAUGGAGUAAAAAGAAUAGGAUGGGUGCCUCAUGCAAUCUGAGAGUUUGAAAAUUUAGACGGUCCAUGUCAAUCUUAAAUUAAUACAAUUUAAAUGGUCUGACUUACAGCUAGGAGAAAUACUAAAAUGUCUUUCUCUCACAGGAACCCUGACAAUGAUUAUAAACCCUGGUGCCAUGUAUUUAAGGAUGGAAGGUACACAUGGGAGUUUUGCAGUGUGCCAGCUUGCAAAGUUGGUAAGUACCACAAGAGGGCAUUUGCAUAUUUCUAUUUUUUUUUUUAUUCUUUAUUUUUUCUGUGCAAGUGAUUGACAAACAUGUUUAACGUGCCACAACAGCACACAUUCGCUUUACAUCAUAGGCAUAAUCAUGGCACAUGUAAGUUGCACAUUUUUCUUUUUUUUAUAAUAAACAUGGCUGGCUAGUGUAAGUCAUGAGGUAUAGAAAUAAAAAUGGUAGAUACAUUAUGCUUAGCUGACUGACAGUGUGUUGAGUAGUUAUAAGAAUCAUCAGAUUCUACAAGCUUAGACCAAGAAGUUAUAUGACAUGAGUAUUCGUAUGAUUUGACAAUCAUCCCGUUUUGGUUAAGGAGAUGUGCUUAGUUACUCUAAGGGAUAUCGCAGAGAUUGGCUGACUAAGAGGAUUUCUUAUGCAUUUUCAAACAGACAAGCCCGCAGUGUUACGGUGACAAUAGUAAGCUUAGAGAGACAUGGUUUAUCAUAUGCAUGACAUUAGUGUUAACUGCACGUUUCCUAAGUCAGUGAAUGUCGUGAGGCAUGACAAGCAGAACAGUGUAGAUAGAAAAAACCAAACAAAACCAAACAAAAAAAAAAUAAGGCACAUUAGAAAAAGAACAAUAAAACAUAUGACCUGGAUACUCACUGAUUGUGGAUCAGGGUCCUGAUCUGCGUGUUGUUACAGUGUCCCGUGAGGUUUUAUUUAGGCAUGGCCCCAGCUCCACAUGUCCUUAGGUACCUUUCCUCUCACCUGACGCCCUCUGGGUUUAUCGGUCUGUCCAGCUUGGCGGUAGUUUGCCAAUCCGUGGUUCUCACGCUUGGUGAGUAAGUGUCCAUCUCAUUUCGGAUUGUGGGGCGGCUGAGAGGGUGUCUCAUUGAUUUUGCUAUGCUGCCUAGGACCGGCGCUGGUACGGUGGGGUGCUGUCUUGGGCUCCUAUGCUUCAGAGUGGUCUGCAGGGCAAAGCCACUCACCGGGGUCGUUAUCACUUCCACUAUUACUGGUGUGUCGACAGGCUUAAGAAUCGGUAAUGUCCAUUCACGUGGUGCCCGCUGCUGCUGGUGCGGUGUAUGCCGCUUUACUCUCCGCCAUUUUGGGGCCUUCCUCACUUCCGGAGCCCCGGGCUGCCGCUGGGCGAGAAUCCGCCUGAGAGGUGAGUGUUUCGUCGGGGACUCUUGGUGCGUCCGAUGCUUUGGGGCUAAGUCCCUGUUGGCUCUCUGCCCAGGUUCGAUCCUCUCGGCUAAACUGGGCGUUCACGCGCUUGGUUGGCGCGCGGCGGCCAUCUUACGGCCCUCCUGAGGGGCGCUGUCCGGUGGAUAUUGCGCGCCAGGACAGCUGCUCAGGCCCGGCCUGGUGUGAUGGCUGGCACCCUGACAGACCGAGAUAACCCCCAGGGGUCCAGGGGGGGGGAGCAAGACGCCGGCCGGAGACCCGGGAAAGCGGCCGUCUCAUCCCGGCUCAAGCUACAGCGAGCUCUGGGCCCCUGUCGGAUUGCUGUCGGUGCUUGGGCGGUAUCCCCCCGCACCUCAGCGGCUGGGGUGUCAGUGUGGUCACCUUCGUGGGUCAUUAUUCGGGAUUGGCCUCCAGCUAGCUCCGAUUUUCGGACCCUGGAGCGGGAGCUCAGACAGAGCACGUCUGAUCCCGCUGGGGGUCAGGCUCCACCCCCCAUAUUUCUAUUUUAAUUUUCUAAACUUCUUCUUGGAUCUAAGCACCACAUCCACUACACCAUAUUGUAGUUGUUAUGGCGCAAAGGGUCUUGGGGUGUCCUCCUCCUAUUUUUGUUAAAUAACUUUGAGCAUUUUUUUUAAAUAUGAGUCACUCAGCGCUCACAUUCCUCGAUCAUGGUUGCACAGAUUUGGAAAGGUAAAGCAAAACGGAAAUUUCCGUUUUAUCAGAAUGGCAGCAGAGGGAGUAGGCGCUGAGAGGGCCUAAAAUUUUGUCCAUGUGCUCAAAAUAGUUGCAACACAUACGAUACAAGUUAUUCAAGGUUUCUAUUCAUCUGUUUCUUAUACCACAGAAAGUGGUCUCAAAAUAGAAGAAUUAUCUUCCUAAGAAUGUCUCUUCCUAAACACAAUGCAAUGAUGUGGUUAAAUAUGACAUUAAUGUAACAAUAAAAGUGUGUGCAUUAUAUUUCCCACGUUUGGAACGCAAACUCAUUUUUGAAUGAUUGUUUUCAGAUUCUCCUACUUGUUACUAUGAUCGUGGCACAACAUACCGCGGAUCACAGAGCGUAACAUUCUCAGGGGCACCAUGUUUGCGCUGGGAUUCACCAUUAUUACAGCACAAAGUAAACACAGCAUGGCACAGCAAUGCCCGCAGACUUGGGAUGGGAAGCCACAAUUACUGCAGGUAAGGUUCAGCUCCUGGACACAGGCAGCAGUAUACUGUAUGAUUUACCUGGAAAUGUCUGACAAUGUCCUUUAUGUUUUAUAAGAAUGUCUGUAUUAGAUCUUUAUUGUGGUUAUGUGUCAUGAUAUUGUAUUGUGUCUGUAUUCAUUUAGUAUUUUGUCUGCACUGAGUCUAAUGGAAUGUUUGUACUAUAUCUGCGUUGUGACUGCAUGCUAGGAUAUUGCUUUGUGUCUGUAUUAGGGGAGUGAACUAAUUUCUGAUUGUGGUGUUGAUGUUUGACUGUAUCUCCACUCCAUAUAAAAGUGUUUUUACUCCCAUCCACAGGAAUCCAGACAAUGACAUUCGCCCCUGGUGCCAUGUAGCUCGAGGGACGGAGACAGCUUGGGAGUUCUGUGAUAUACCCCGAUGCAGUAAGUGGCAAGGACUGAUAAAACCCUGUUAAGCACUUCCUCAGCCGUACCUAACAGACCAUGGAUUGACAAUCUUUCUUUUCACUUGCAGCUUACUGUGGUACCCGACGACCCCAACCGGCACAGUACCGCAUUCUUGGAGGGAAAAGUACCCAAGCAACAUCACAUCCUUGGCAGGCAGCCUUCUAUUUUCUGGCUAGAAAAUCCUUAAAUGAACACUACUUUUGUGGUGGGACUCUUAUUCACAAUUGCUGGGUGCUGUCUGCUGCACAUUGCUUUACUGAGAGGUGAGUUGUAGUGUCUUACGCACUUUAAUAGUCUCUUGAUAUCAUUCCGAGUUACAAUGUAGUACAAUAACAACCUGGUUUACACUCUGUCUUCUAUAUUCUUUCAGAAUUCCCAACAGUCGGAUGCGUGUUAUAUUGGGUCGUUCUAUGCGGAGUGUACCAGCAGAAGAGGAACAGAAAUUCUUUGUCGAGCAGUUGAUUCUCCACCCUGAUUUUGAUGCAACAUCCUUUGAUAAUGAUAUAGGUAAGGAGAGAAGAAAGGGAUGUCAACUGUUCCCUCUUACACUCUCCCACUGACAUUUACAUAAGUCUUUAAUUUCUAGUGUGUCAGUCAUUAUUAACUAAACACUGACUUUUUGUGAAUUAAAUCCGAAUUUAAAAAAAUGAGGCAAAAAGUAAUCAAUGAUUCUCCAACUCAGCCAUUGUCUUAAAGGAACACUGUAGGCACUUGAACAACUUCAUCUUAUUGAGGUAGUUAUAGUGCCUUCAGUCCUGCCCGCACCCCCUCAAAACCCUUUAUUUAACUAAUUAGAAAACUUGAAGCCACACCACCAAGUGCUCUUGGUAUGAGAACUGAGAAACGUACUUUCCGGGUCUCAUACUAUAACAUAACGUAAUGCCACGCGUGCAAGCAUCGUGCCAUCACGGUCUGUCAUUGAGAAUCAUUGUAUUCAGUGAGUCUCAAUGGCAGAAUCUUAGGCACAUCGCAGAAAGCACCACAUAUGCCCCUCUUCUACAACGAGCAUUGGAUUGGCCUGUCAUGCUGGAGGCACAGCCAUCACUCGAGGAGGGGGUUGUGGCAGCACUAAGGGAGACUGCGCUGGAAAAAAAACGGAGUAGUUUGUUUGUUUUGUUUAAAUUGGAUGGGGGGUAAAAUAAAUAGCUGCAUUAGGACUGUAGCGCUAGGAAUACAUACUUCAUGAAAAUUCAGUUUAGUGAAUAUACAUGAAAAUAUUGUGCUAGAUUUACGUUAGAACAUGCUCCUUUGGUUGUAACCAUUAAGUUUCUCUGCUGUCUUCUAAACUGAUUUCAUUAUGUAUAGAAUGUCUUUAAAUGUCUGUCAUUUCCCUGUCCUCUCUUUUCUCCAAGCUGUGCUAAGGGAUUUCAUUGUUUCCUGGUAAGUUCUCUAUAUCACCCAGAUAUACUCCUAGCUAAAAAUGUGCCUUUCCUGUCCCACACCUUUUUCUCCUGCAAUUUUUGCCUCAAUUUCCCUGUAGCGACCCCACAGAUCAUUUCUUAUCUUUUCCCUCUAGCACUGAUCAAGCUCCGGUCAGUCUCUGGAACAUGCGCCACAGAAACAGAACGCAUUCGACCUGCCUGUCUCCCUGAGCCAGGACUUUCCUUACCAGACUGGACUGAGUGUGAGAUGUCUGGAUUUGGGAAGACAGAGGAAUGUAAGGACUACACUUUCAGCUGUGUCUCCAUUGAACCUUCUACUUUUAUCCCGUACUCGACCCUAUUGUUUUACCCUAUAAUGUACACACUAUAGCCCAUAUAAUACUCAUUAUAGUAAUGGAUGCUGGUCAGUAGGAACAGGUGGGGCACUGGUCCCCAGUUGUAUUGCAAUAAAAUAUAUGUAUUGUAGGACAACAGUAGACUAAUAAUAAGUGUAUGUUAGAAAAAGAAACACGUUGUGUAUGUAAUUCUGCAAGUGCAGCAAUUUCCUCUGUUCUUGAACAAAUGCCAUUGUCCGGGUAUAGACCCACCUAGACAUGCAUUGAUUGCUUUAACUGAAUUUCUGACAUCCCCCGUUGGCUUUGCAUUGGGAUCUUGGAUUCUGGGCACCCUAAAAGACAGGCCUGUGUAUUGUCCCGUCUUGUACAGCUGUCAUUGGGUAACAGCCUCACAGGUGUGGGGAGAGAAUGAGACCUCUGUAAAGUAAUUACUGCUUGCCAAAUACAUGUUUCUAUAGGUUUAUGACCUUGAACAGGGUAUGAACCCUCUUAAAGUCAAGAGUUGAGUACAUGAGGGUAAAUGGGCAGAGCCCAACAAGUCAGGGGAAAAUUCUGUAAGUAGAGUCUAGCACCCUAACAACUUCAUCACUACCACUUUUCAGUUAUCUCCAUUUUACGCCACAAUGUAUCCACUUAAUUAAUUAAUUAAUUAAUGUUAUUGCAUAUCAUACUCUCCACCUCUUAGCCAUUCUAGGGUCACCAUAAAUAAUGAUAUAUACUUACCCACAGGGGCAUGUGUCCUUGAAAGUCCAUCAUGGCACUGUAAAUGUGCAUUUAUUAAAGGGAAACUAUGGUGUAAAAGGGACCCUUAUUUCUAUUGCAUUAUGUAGCUAAUGCAAUACUAAAUACUGCAAAAAAUAGUUUCCAGCUGAAUCGCUCUUUAGUGGUUACCUGAAAUUACUGCAGUACCCCUCAAUAACUGGAAGAGCAUCUUCUUAUAGUCUGUGGGGUGCCUUCUUUUACUGCCUGCCUUAUCCUAUUAUGCCCCACAGAAGUUUAUCCCUAAAAAGCAGUUCCACUCAUUACAUUAGAUGAGUGGAACUGACAUACAAACUAAAAUCAAUCAUACUGCAGCUGUAAUCAGUUUACAUUCUUCAGUGAAUAUGAAUAAGAUUUACCACAUGCUCUGGCCACAGACACAUAAAUUAGCUAGAUUUUCCACCACUUCUAAAGUAUAGCAAUGCCCAGUUAAUAUGCAUAGUACUGAUGCAUGCUUAUUCUGCCUGUCUUUCAUUCCUAGUCUCACCUUUCUAUUCUGAUCGGCUGAAGGAGGGUCACGUCAGGCUCUAUCCUGACAAAAUGUGCACUUCAGAACGUCUAGCAAACCGAACAGUCACCGCAAACAUGCUGUGUGCAGGUGACACCCGGAACAUAGAUGAUGCAUGCCAGGUGAGCUAUAAGAUAUUUUAAAGAGCUGCUGGUGCUAUAGAAAAUAAGUAUGAAGAGGUGUUAAGGAGGAUGACUAUAUGAGGCAGACGUGUAAGUAGUCUCUAAUAAUACCUGGGAUUUUAGUAUAAAACAAAACAUGAUGUCACAUCCCCAACCUUGGCUCCUUUCAAAUUCUACACCUGAUAGAUGCAGGCACUUCCUUCCACCGCUGGCAUCCAUUGUGCUAGUGUGUGCAAGUGACUGACGUUAUGGAGCAAGAGGCCUAGUUUAAUCCUCUAUCACGUUGUGAUAGUGCAGAGGUACUAUACACUCCAUCACAGGACUCCGUGUUCACCAGAAUUAUGCACAAUCUUCUGUAUAGCAACCACAUAGCUUACAUGCAUCCAUAUAAAUAAUAUUAAUGUCAUAAAAUCCAUCCAACAUUCAGCAGCUAUAUAGAUAGCAUUAAAAUCACAACACCCAUCUAGCACAGACCAACCUUAUAGAUUGUUUUAAAUCACAGAACCCAUCUAAUAUACUCUGUUUGCAUCAUUUCAGCUUGGAGGAAACGUACUAUUUCAUUUUGUUUAUUUUCUAAAAAUGCAAAGAGCACUGAAUGAUUUUGGGUGUGGGGGGGCGAAGGGGGCUUUACAUGUAUGGCCCGUGUUAUAUAAAACUUUCUCCUCAUUUCAUACUCCAUUAGGGCCUUAUUAGAGGUUUAUAAAAGAAUAUACAAGAAAGUAGUAUGAUGAUAUCCUACCUCAAUUUACAUUACCUCAAGCACUUCUGUCAGUGAAUUUGAAGUAUUUGAAGCAGCAGGACUUUGAGUUUGUGCGUUGUUGGCAAUCCCUAGUUCUCAAAUCAUUGUUGAUGCCACACUCCAUUGUUGCCAUCAGACUACUGGUCAUCCUUAUGUGAUGGAAAAGUUCUUCACAUUUUAUGACAGAUUAUUCUGUGUCCGAGGUGACCAGCAGGCUGUAGACCAAGGGCAUGGAUGGUGACUGAAGUUAAAACAAUGAACACCUGGUGGUGCUAUAGACCCUAAAGCCCUCUGACCAAUGAUAUGGGCUACUAGGAGAAUUGAGUAUGAGUGAUUUUAUAGGGAGCAAUACGCCUUAUAUGAAGCAGUUGUGAGAAGUAGAACUUUGUAAAGAGUUGGAGGACCCAUGGGGAAGGUUAAUCUCCAGGAAUAGGUAGAGUUAUAAACUAUUCUAUCAUUUUAACCAUAAUAUUUAGAUUAUAACCUGCAAUGAUAAAUAGUUGUCCCAUACAACAUGUGUGAUUCAAAAUAUAUCAUGACCUGGGACAGAUAGAUGUACUUGGAGAAGUAUUUCUGAUCAUUAAAAUGUUUCUCUCUUAUCCUCUACAGGGUGACUCUGGUGGACCUUUAGUCUGUCCUCAUGAUGACCGCAUGCAUGUACUUGGAGUCAUCAGCUGGGGAGUUGGGUGUGGGAAAAAAGAUACUCCAGGGGUUUACACUCGCGUGACCCGAUUUAUGGACUGGAUACAGAAACACACUGGCAUCUGAAAAUGCUGAAAGGAGAUGCACACAUACUUGAACCACUAUGUGAAGCUCUGAAGAGCCAUCAAACCAAAGGCUUAUGGAUAAUUCCACCUGCACUUCUUAGUCAUUCCACUUUAUUGUCAGUCAUACCAGCUUGCUUAUCUCUUCUAGCUGGUAUUAGGGCAGUAGAUACAUACGUUAAGUUAUAUUAUGUUAUGUAUUAAAAGGUCAAGUGUUAUACCACCAUGUGAAAACUGGAGGAAAAAAAACAACUCAGCAGUCGAGUUGAACCACAAAGAAUUCUCAAGAGACCACAUUUAGUGGUAUAUGUGCCACCAGAAAUAAUCAAUUUGGAUAUCAUGUGGGCUAAGCAAAUCAUUAGAAUGACUACUUAUAAAGUGCUAAUAUAUUCUACAGCGCUGUACUAUAGGUGGAUGAAACCACUAAUACAACAAGACACAUUUUCUUUACAUGAACAGAUGUGUUGGGGACUCAAAUGAGCUUACAGUAAUUGGAGGUUUGGCAUUAAAAUGUUUUGGUUUUUUCUGUAGUAGCUACCUGUUUGCUAUCUGUGAACCAAUUCAUGGAGAGUGUUGACUUCUUCAGCAGUGACUGGGCAAAAAGGAACAAUUACUUUGUAUUAUCUGAAGUUAAACCCUAACCUUGACUACCAGCAACAGCGGCUCUACUGAUAAAUAAAAAUACUAAAUGUAAAAUAAAUACUUAUUUAUGACACUCUCCUGUAUUAUACCUUCAGAUUGUGAUUCUUGUACACAGACUCAUAUCCAGGUCCAUUUAUUAUAUUGACAAAUAUACAUAUUAGUGUAAAACUACAAUAUAAAAAUCAUAGCAAAGAAUGUGAAAGUGUUUGGAUGCCCUUGCACCUGCAAAGUUUUCAAUGAGAUGUGUUGUGAGAAAGGCAUUCUGGGUAGUAAUGGUGUCAAUAGCUCAGACACUACAUAGCAGCCUUCACUCUUAGCCAAUGGGGCCAAUGUCCAGAGCACAGCUAAGUAUAGUUAUGAACACAGGUAAUUAUUUAAUUGUUAAUUAAAAUGGAACCUUUCUCCAAUGACUCAUUAAUAUCCUCACAAACCCAGCAAACUUUGAGGAAAAAAAACUAUACCAAACAUAUCAUCUGGUACAUACCUUUUUGCUGCCAAUUAUAUAACUUUUUGUAGGUCCUCUGGAAGGAAUAAUAGCAAUUGUGACAUAUAUUUAAAGUUUUAUUUAACUUUUUACAUUUGAUAUUUAUGUGUAUUUAUAUUUGUUUGUAUAGCUAUUUCUCAUAAAUAUAAUUUGUAGUUUUGAUCAGUUUAUUUAUAUCUACAACGUACUAUGAAGGCUACAGGUUAAAUUUAACAGUUUUGCCAACUGGACCCGUAUAAUUGCACGUUGUAUGGUUUGAUUAUCUGUAUCCUCUGAUUUCAUUUUUUUACAGCGAUAUAUAGAUUAUACGUACUAUCUGACAAACGUUCCACUACUUCAUUAAUUCUAUUGGGAAACCAGAGACAUGUACACUGGCCACUGAGACUGCAAAGAUGUGCAACUAAUGAAGUCUAAGCUGAUUUAAAUGCAAUAAGAAGUGACGUCGUGGGCAACUUGAAAAUAAUGACUUAGAACCUUUGAAUUCUAAACCUAUAUAAAACGCACCAGGAUACCAGUUUUUGGCUUGAACAUCAUUUGCUAGUGUUCAGAGAGCCAUGUGUAUAAUGCUAGCAAACCAUAAUAUAUUUUUAAUAUACACAUGUUUGUAUUGCAAUAAAAAAAUUGAUUCUAGACAAUCUGUACUAAAGGGUUAUCUUUUAUAUUAUUCUAUCUUAAAUAAGGAUUUGUUCUAGAAUAUAUAUGUAACAAUGAAAAGGUUGCCCAUUCUAUCUUUUGCACUAUAAAGAAAGUAUUUGAUUUGGACUAUGUCAGUUAAAAAAAAUCUGACUAUUUUAUGAUUUCAGUCUUCACUUCGGUUAAGAAUUGUUCAGUGCUCUAUAGGUGUGAAUAAGUACUAUGAAUUGACUCCUAUAUGAUACAGGAAGCCAAUAUAAUGACUGCCAGAGGGGUGAGUUGUGAGAGAAGCGACUGGAGAGGAAAAUCAGUCUAGCAGCAGCAUUUAUUACAGACUGUUGCGGGGCAGUACAGCUCCUGGUAAGACCAAUUAGGAGAGGGUUACAAUAAUCCAUGCUAGAGAUUAGUAGAGUAUGAACAAGCUCCAUAGUAGUGUCUAAUGUAAGAAAGGGGUGGAUGCAGGAAAUGCUUUUAAGGUGGAAUAGACAUAAUUUGGUAACAGAAUGGAUAUGAGGCCAGAAUCAAAUAUAAUGCCAAGACAGCAUGCUUGCAAAGAUGGGCUGAUGUGGGUGCCACUAACUUGAAGGGAGAGAAGUUCAGUUUUAGAGAGAUUGAGUUUCAGAAAACGGGAGGACAUCCAAUCAGAGAUGGAAGAAAGGCAGUGACAUGUUGCAGGGGAGAGAUCUGGGCAGGGGAGAUAUAUCUGGGUGUCAUCCGUGUACAGAUGGUAGUGGAAUCCAAAUGAGGUAAUAAGUUUGCCAAGAGAGGCAGUAUAAAGAGAAAAUAGAAGGGGACCAAGAACAGAGCCUUGGGGUCUCCAACCAAGAAGGACGAAGGGAGGAGAUACCAUUAGAAAAGGAGACACUGAAUGAGCAUUGGGAGAGAUAGGAGGAAAACCACGAGAGGACAGUGUGAAGAAUCCCCCUCCAUUCAUUCGGUACUUUCCCUCCCUGCUACUUUAUUCAUGGAUUUAUUACUGUGACGAAGUGCCCUUCACCACUUGUGCCUGGAGAGGACUGCUUGCCCGCCUCUUGCCCUGUGACUAUGGACCCUGGGAGAUUUGGCCCGUUCAAUUCAGUAUGAUAGGAGUUAUGUAUUUUUGUAUCCUUUUGUGUUUUACUGGGAACAUGUGCUCAAUGGAGUCUGUCUCUAUCCCUGGAUAACUGGAUUAUUGUCCCCAUUGUCUCCAGGAUAGAGGGCUCUGUAAAACCGGUUUGGGCCAGAUAGCCAUGCUGCCAGCCAGGCCCCAAAAGAUACUUUACUAACUUCUGAACCCCUGGUCUGAUUCAUGCCAUUUUUUGAUAUGUUGUUUCCCUGAAUGGAUUGAUUGUGAAUAUAUACUUUUUAUGUGAAUGUGAUGUAUAUUUUAGAAGUUAUGAAUAUGCUGUAAAAACUGUAUUUUUCCUACCAGUGAUAAUUACAUCUUCUAUUGUAUAAGAUAAUUGAAUCACAGGCAGAGGGGAGGAUUUUGUGUGGGCUGUAACCUCUGUUUUAUUGGCUACUGUAGAUAACGUGUGUGUCCCUCCCCUGCAUGGGAGC